AGCGUGGCGCGUAAACUCCCGAGCGCAGCGGAGGCUGGAGAGGAGCGAACAGUCUGGGAUUCAGGGAGUCAGGUGGAGGAGAAGGAGGAGGAGGUCGCUGUUCUUGGUACCGCUGCCGCCGCCGGCUGGGACCAGAGAGCAGCCGCAGCUUGCGGGGUUGAGUGAGCGAGUGCGUUUUUGCGCCCCUCUCCGACCUGCAAGCAUGGCUUCGUCGCAAGGCAAGCUGGAGCUGAAAUUCGCGGACUGGAUGGCAAGUUUGCCCGAGAGCAUCCACAGCGUGCCCCUGACGAAUCUGGCGAUCCCAGGUAGGCGACUCGAGGGUUGGGAUUUGGGGAGGACUGGUUGGUUUUGCUUCAAAAGUCCUUUAUAAAAUGUGGAUGAGCUCUUGGGCUGCAGCCAGACAUGGGAAAGGUGACAUUGCCAGAGAAUCUCUUCGCUUCGCCUGCAGGGAGAUAAUGGCUUUUCUUCUGGGGAAUGGCUGGCGUGUGUGAUGAAAGGCUGGGAGAAACUGGCUUGUAUGUGAGCCCCUCGGCGUUUCAUGUGUGUGUGCGUAUUGCGUGCGCAUCUGUGCACAUGCUUUCCAGAAGGGUAGCUGGUAGCAGUCGCGUUGCACCAAGCAAACAACAAAGACUCUCGUGGCUCCUUGAAGGCGAUCGCAUUUGCAACGCCAUCUCGUACAUUGUUUACUCAGGAGUAAGUUCCAUUGUGGCCAACGGGACUUACUCCCUAGUAAGUGUGGUUAGGGGUUGCAGCCUUGCUGAGGCAUACUCUUUCACAGGCUGGAGACCGUAUAUAAUAUAUAUGGCAUAUGGGAAGAAAGUGGAUUUGAAUCCCAGAAAGCUUAUGCCGCAAUAAAAUUGGCUUUUGCUUAGGGUGCCACAGGCAUAUAAAGUGUUACUGCAACAAGGAAUUCGCCCUCUGGAAAUGUGUGUGUAAUACUAAAAAUCCUCACCUUCUCCACUUGCCUCUGUGGCCAGAAGAUCUGUGUUUGACUUGCAUUGGAAGGCUUAUGGCUUUAGAUAAUUCCCCCACUGCCUGGCAUCCAGGUUCUUAAUAUUCUCCUCAAGUCUCUAAAAAUGAAUCUCUAGUUCCAAGAAAAGCAGGGACAAAAGUUCAGACUAAUGAAACCAUUUCGUUCUAUUCUCUCCCUCUUCCAUUCCACCUUCUGUUAGAAGCUCAAUGGCACCUUGAUGUGUGUCCCAUAGAUCAUGUGUUUCCAUGAUCUAAUACAUGUGGCAGAUCUAUCUGGCUUGGUUCACACAUGCAUGCCCUUCUCUUCAUUCUCUGCCUCUGACUGCUGCAUCUUGAUGAGUGACAAGCAAGGGUCAGUUUAGAUAUUUGGCACCACCAACCUCUUGCUGUUAAAAUCGGGCACACAUGCUUGUUACUACAUUUUAUUUUUUAUUUGACUUUCCCCCAAGGAGCUCAAGGUUCUACCUCCCCCUGUUUUGUCCUCACAAACAACCCUGUGAGGUAGAUUAGGCUGAGACACAACAGCUGGCCCAAAUUCAGCCAGUGAGGUUCAUGGCUGAGUGGGAGUUUGAAUUUGGGUCUUCCCAGUUCCUUGUCCUAAACCUUACUGGCAUGCAUGACUGACCCCAUCCCACCACUCUCUGUUUGCAUAGUUGAGGUAGUUCUCAUCUGCAAAUCCACAGAAUGGCCACAUCAUGUCUAGUGGUCCCAAGCUUGUGAGCUGCCUAAACAGCAAAGCAUUGCACCUUUCAGGUGAUGUGAGAUGAAACCAAUGUUUAGCCUGGGUGGUUUUUGCAUCGUUGACGUUGCAUGCAUGCAGCAAUAUGUUUCCUGGCGUUGCAGAGAAAGGGUGAUGGGUGUUCAUGCAUGAGCUGACCCUUGUAGGUAGGAGUGUGUGCAUACAUGUGUGAGCAACCAUCAGAGAGCCAUGGAGAAUGGACAGUUCAAGACCAAGAGCUAAGAUCCAGGGGUCAAGAUGUUUGCAUGCAGCAGGUAUAGGGAAGUCUGUUGGGGUUGAUGUGCCUCACUCUGCAUUGCUGAUAGCCUUGCUCUAUAAUGGGCUGGGUGGCCCUAGUCCUAACGGAUGUUGGAUUCUCAGCUCUCAUCAGCCCCAGCCAGAAUGGCCAAUGGGCAGCGAUGAUGGGAGAUGGAGUCCAGCAACAUCUGGCCACAGGUUCCCCAUCCCUGCUUUGUAAAGUGGGAAACUCAUCUAUCAUUUGAAAUCUACCCAAGAACCGUUGACACACUGCAACUUUUCAAAAUGAUCUGCCUUAUUCCUCUGUUGCAGAGUCAAUAGUUUGUAAUGGAUGGCAGAAUUGGGGUUGUAAUAGGGAGAACUGAAGGGUCAAAGCCUAUCUCAGCCAUGCAUCUCAUCUGGGGCGGAGGGUGUAUAUUGAGAAAGUUGUCUCAGCCUUGAGUUUGCCUCUCAGCAUUGUGAGGAUAAAUUGUGUAAGUCUUUGAUGUCCUUGGAGGAAACAACCACUGCCACUACUGUAGAACACAUGACAGAUUUCUCCCACCUCCCAAAAAAAUCCAGUUUAGAAAAAGUACCUCUCUCUGGAAAAGCAGAAUAAAUUUAUUUAUUGGGAUUAAUAAUAAGCUUUUUAAAAUAAUAAUAACAGCAACAGCCCUCCUUGUCAUUUACUAUAUUGGUGCUGUUUUCCUACACAAGACUUACAUUGCCUUUCAACUUAUUUCAUGCUGUUCGUGUGGAUACCUGGAAGCUUUUGUUGUGCAAGACGAAGCAGAUGAGCAUUCUAGCCAGGGCAGAUUUCAUAUUUUCAUUGCAAACUGAGAAGCAAGGAAUGUGUUUAACCAUUCAACCCUAUUCCUAUUCAGAAGCAAGCCCCACUGAGUUCAGUUGAACUUGUUCCCUAGUAAAUGUGCCAAGUCCCAUUGAACUCAGUUGGGUUUACAGAGAAGAUUGUGCUCUAAGCCACAUUUGUGAAAACGCUCCGUGUGCAUGUUGCUAGACCAACAUGCCAAAUGCAUCCUAAUGCCUGCAGUCUUGGGAUUGCAAGGUGUGUGUGCAAAGGAAGCAGUUGUGGGGACACCACUUGGCUCUGGAUGACCUGGGACAAAGGACACGACUUGAAAAUGUGGAAUUGCUUUGUGGAACCAAAGAUAUCUUCUAAUUUUGGGAUAUCGUUGAAGCUGCUGUGCGAAGGAGCGUCUGUGCAGAUUGCCAAGGUUAUUCGGAAUUUGCAAGAGCAAGAGAGAGGUGGUGCCUGAUCAUUGCAGGAAUCAAUGAUCAAUUUGUCUGCCUCUGAACUCCUAGCUCAGCCUUUGCAAACCUGGUACCCUCCAGAUGUUUUAGACUACAGCUCACAUUGUUCCCAGUGAGCACAGCUCGCUGACUGGAGCUGAUCGGAGUUGCAACCACAACAUCUGGAGCAUCCUGGUUUCGUGAAGGCUGCACUAGUGUUUAGGGUGUCAGCAUGAGACAGAACAAAGGUAAAAAACAGGCGACUUCUUGGGGGGGGGGAAUAUAUUCUAAUAUGUUCUUUCCAUAAUUGUCUGAUAUGAAAAUAACUUGCCCAAAAUAACAUUUUGGAGAGGAGGGGGAGAAAGGGAGGGAGAGAGAGAAAUCCUUUGUAUUCUCUGCAGUACAAAGAAAUAGAUUCUCUGCUAAUUGCUAAUUGAAAUCUAAUAUAUGCUAAUUGAAAACUAAUGCAUGCAAAUAGGUUAAUUGCUCUGACAUAGAAAGUGGAUGGCUUGCUGAUUGGAGAUGUGUUUAUCUGGCUAGUUAAAUUUAAAAACAAAAACACACAAUUAUUGCUCUCUUUACACACACACACACACACACACACACUCAAACUGAGUUUUUCAAGCACCUUGAGUGCUGAGCAGAUCUGCCAUGGGAAGUGGGUUGGAAUGCCUGUGGUUAGAUAAGCUUUCCUGUUAUACUGAGCAAUUUAAAGGCAGAAGCCAGAACCCAUAGUGUAGGGCCAAGAUUAUGGAACAGCGCAAACUGCUCUUGCAAUAACAGAUGAUGGCUAUCUGUGGGUGGAUGGCAUUUAAUCCUGCUCUAGAUGCUUCAUAGCACAGUGGUCGAUUGCAUGCUCUGCAUGCAAAAGGUCUUGGGUUCGUGCCUGAAACCUUAGAGAGCCUCUGGCAGUCCGUGUACAGUACAAUAGUGAGCAAGACAAGCCAAUGACCUCAGUACAAAGCAGUUUCCUAGAGCUGCAAUGUAGGCUUGAUCUGCCUUCAGAACAAAGCGCUUUGCAGCUCAGUGGUGAUCUGAUUUAGUAUUGAUAAGGAUGGGCGUGCGAAUCAAGCAAAAUUAAAUAAAUACAGGGGAUUGCUUUGCUGUUGCAAUGGGAGAAAUGCUGUUUGCUUUCUUGUACUUCUUCUGGAUCGAUUUCCCCAAACUUUCCUGCAGUAGGUUGACUGCUGGCUCCAUAAUUUCUGGGGGGCUUACUUUGGGCAGGUAACCUUAGGGAACAUGCGGGGUCCUCUUGUUGCAUCGGCCAACCACAUGCGCAUGGGAAGCUCUCAAGCAGCACCUGAGCAGCAGGAGGAGUAGUUUGGAUUUGAUAUCCCGCUUUAUCACUACCCGAAGGAGUCUCAAAGCGGCUAACAUUCUCCUUUCCCUUCCUCCCCCACAACAAACACUCUGUGAGGUGAGUGGGGCUGAGAGACUUCAAAGAGGUGUGACUGGCCCAAGGUCACCCAGCAGCUGCAUGUGGAGGAGCAGGGAAUCGAACCCGGUUCACCAGAUUACGAGACUACCGCUCUUAACCACUACACCACACUGGUUCACAACAGCAUCCUCCCCAUUUGCAAUUCCCAGCAACUGCUAUUCAGAGGCAUAAUGCCUCCCAAAACAGUAGAGUUAGAACAUAAACAUCAUGGCUGUUAGACAUUUAUAGUCUUGCCCUCCAGGAAUUGGUCUGGUCCUCUUUCAAGGCCAUCUAAGUUGGUGGCCAUCACGACCUCUUGUGGGUGAAAAGCCUUUCCCUAUCUGCUUUCUUCGCACCGUGCAUAAUCUUAUGUGCCUCUGGAUACACCCCCUCUUACUUUUCUCCUACACUGAACAGCCCCAAAUCAUGGAAUCACAGAAUUGUAGAGCUGGAAGGGUCAUGUGGCCCAACUCCCUGGAAAUGUAGGAACUACAGCUAAAGAAUCUCUUUACAUUGCAACUUUUUCUCUUAAGGGAGCGGCUCCACCCCCUAGAUCAUUUUGGUUGUUCUUUUAUGGACCUUUUCCAAGUAGUGGGCCUCACAGAGGCAUCUAAUUGAAAGAGAUUGGUGUGUGUAUGUGUGCAAAUGGAUUGUUUUCCCUCAUGUUGCCUUUGACAUUGGGUUUUCUUUCCAUAUCUUGCCGGGGAAUGUUAGGACCCCUCCUGCAAAUCCCAACCAUGCUACCUUCUAGAAUAUAGAGGGAGUUUCUUUUUCUUUCAGUGCCUGCCACUAGGAUUUUAUUUGCCACCGCUUAAUCUGAAAUGACCUUGGCAGUAUUGAUUAAUGCACUCCAAUUCCCUUUCUUGGAAGGUGGCAAAAGAUAAUAUUCUUUUGUUGUAGGAGUUGCAAGGGGAUUAGUAUCCCCAAAUGCUCAGAACUCUUGGAACUCCUGCCAUUAAAAUGAGAGAUAAGGAGAGGAAAGGGAAUUCGAAAUGCACAAGGGCUGUUUAGGCUGGGGCUGAAAUCAUAUAUACAAACUUCAUGGAGCAGAGUGGCACUUACUUCUGAGUAAAAAUGUACAGGAUUGCUCUGCACCUAGAUCUAAAGGCCCAAACAUGCUAAGUAUAUCAUUCUGAUUUGGCUCAGCUCCACUGAGUUUAAACCCAGCGAGAACCAGCAAAGGUUAGUUGACCAAACUUAGCAGUUGACAAAUAAUAAUAAUAAUAAUAAUAAUAAUAAUAAUUUAUUAUUUGUACCCCACCCAUCUGGCUGGGUUUCCCCAGCCACUCUGGGCGGCUUCCAACAAAGAUCAGGUAAAGGUAAAGGGACCCCUGACCAUUAGGUCCAGUUGUGGCCGACUCUGGGGUUGCGGCGCUCAUCUCGCUUUACUGGCCGAGGGAGCCGGCGUACAGCUUCCGGGUCAUGUGGCCAGCAUGACUAAGCCGCUUCUGGCGAACCAGAGCAGCGCACGGAAACACCGUUUACCUUCCCACCGGAGCGGUACCUAUUUAUCUACUUGUACUUUGACGUGCUUUCGAACUGCUAGGUGGGCAGGAGCAGGGACCGAGCAACAGGAGCUCACCCCGUCGCGGGGAUUUGAACCACUGACCUUCUAAUCGGCAAGCCCUAGGCUCUGUGGUUUAACCCACAGUGCCACCCGUGUCCUAACAAAGAUUAAAAGUACAUUAAAAUGUCACACACUAAAAACUUAGUGUCAGCUUCCAUCCUCAUUACAUAAUUCUCCCAACUAUCUCCUACAUUACUUUUAAUUGGUUAAUUAAUACACUUUUAAUUUGUUAAUUAAUACACUAUUCAGUUAAAAGCAUGGCAGGGUAAUCUCGGCAGCAGUGUAUAUUUUUGUGGCUGGAUAAGAACCAAUGCCAUAGUACAGUGUUUCCCAAACUUGGGUCUCCAGCCGUUUUUGGACCUCCACACCCAUCAUCCCUAGCUGGCAAGACCAGUGGUCAGCAGUGAUGAGAAUUUUAAUCUGAAAACAGCUGGAGACUCAAGUUUGGGAAACCCUGCUGUAGUAGCUCAUGUUGAUAGAGAGCUGCAGACAGAGACUAUCAAGUUAGAUGAGCUGCUGGCCUGACUCAGUUUAAAGGCAGCUCCAUAUGUUAAUUUCAAAGACGGGCUAAUGAAGCAGUGGACAAUAUGACCGGCGUACCCCCAAUUUUUUUCUGUUGUGCUAGAGCAGGGUUUCCCAAACUUGGGUCUCCAGCUGUUUUGGGACUACAGUUCCCAUCAUCCCUGACCACUGGUCCUGUUUAGCUAGGGAUGAUGGGUAUUGUAGUCCAAAAACAGCUGGAGACCCAAGUUUGAGAAUCCCUGCUCUAGAGCGAUGCUGCAGAACAUUUUCCAGCCUGAGGACCACAUUCCCUUCUGGGUAACCUUCUCAGGGCCACAUGCCGGUGGUGGGUGGGGCCAGAUGCAAAAGUGGGCGGAGCCUUGAGUAUGAAUGUAAGGUUGUUCAGUAGGCUAGUUUCUGCGCACUGAUUCCCCUUCUUUCCUCCAUCCAGCAAUGGAAGUGUUAUCUGAGUUCAAGGACACAUUCCAGACAGGCAAAAAUGUUUAGGGUUGGGAAGGGCAUGGGACCUGGCUAGAGUUCAGACAGAGGGUCCCAUUUGGCUCUUGGACCUGAGGUUCCACAUCCCUGCCAUCAAUGGUGCACCUAGGGUGGCCACAUAGCUUGACAGAGCUCUGACAGCACGUCUGUGUUUAUUUCUCUCCUCUGCGGCCAUCUUGGUGAGUUGAUUGCCAGGCCCACUCACUGCUCACAUGAUGACCCUUCUCAAAAUUGCUUCAAGGCACCAUUUUGGGGAAGUCAGUGAGUGCUGUAUAUUAAUUGGGAACACUGCAUUCAAUUCUUAUGUGUAAGCCUUUCUCCAGAAACAAAUACCUACGCCCAUGGGUAGAUUUUUUUGUAUAACUUGUUCUUACCACCUUUAUUGAAAUAUGAAUCAGUCUGGACCAAUGACAGAAUUUAAAUUUGUUGUUUUCUCCUCGCACCCCCCAGUAGGAAGAAUGUUGAUCUUGAUAUUGGCAUAGCAAGAGUUUGAGCUCAGAAUGUUAUCUGCAUCUGUUGUGUGUGUGUAUAUAUAUAUUCAUACAAUAACUUAUCUUCAGUUUCCUAAUGGAUUUGUCUUGACUGAUUCAAUAUUGAAGAUGUUCCUAGGGUAAUCAGAUAUACUUGGUUUCCUGAUAAUUCACUGUGCUUACAUGUUUUGCUUGUUCUUUGCGCAUAGAAUGAGAAAGAGUCACAUGGCUCGAGUUAAUGUUUGCUUUUAGGGGCAAUCUGCUGCUAGUGACGUUGUGGAGACUCGUAAUUAGCCCAGCCGUGCUGCACAUCUCUCCUUUUCACAAUUCCCAUACGUGUAACAAAACGUGAUUUUGAUGCGCCCAAAAUAUAAUGGCCUUGCAAUUGAGAAAUGAGAUUUAUCAUGAAAUAAAUUUAUUCUGUGCUCCUGUGUGGUUUGCUUUGUGACUGGCAUAACGAAGCAGCCCAGGUAGGCCAGGCUGAGAGACAGUUGUUCACCUAUGGUGAGCUUUGUGUGGCGAGUUCCUGCCUCCCCCCUUAGAAAUAAAGACAUGAGACACAAGAAUUCGGGUUAAUGGGUCAACUUUAUUGAUUACGGGUUUUGAGCGGUAUUGGCUUAGGCAUUGGUCCUAACGACUAACCGGCUUCAGCCCGCUUGCUUGAAGACCGGUAAGGGUUAACCACCAGUGAGGGGAGUCCUCCUGAUGCACGUCAACUAGGAGCUCCCCCCGGAGUUACCGCUUGGGGGCGUGCCAUGGGCCCACACCUUCAUAGGCUCAGGACAAGGCCACGCCCCCCGGAAUCCUUUAUCGGACUACCCUUUGUUUUGGGGAAGGUGAUGACGCUUCCUUUCCCCCUUCAUCUGCAUAACAAUAGAACAAUACCCCUACCAAUGCCUAUCCGCCAAUACCGAGAAGUUGUGACGGAUUGCUAUGAGGUAGGCGAAAACCAAGUGGCUGGUGCCAAUCUGCCAGAUGGAAAAAAAUCCUACCAGGCCCCUUGAUGGCGACCAACCUAAGUCCAUAGCAACGUCAGAGCGCCUAGCCUAACGGGUGGGAGGGAAGGGAAAACCUGGCUAGCUGCAGCGCGGAAAAGAGGGAGACCCUCGGCCGUGUCAGACCUAAAUGCAGUGAGGCCACGCCCCCGGGCCAGCCAAUUGGCUGGCCUGAAGAUGAUGCGUCCAAGGAUUCCCUGAUAUCGAGGGGGCUGAAGCCAGCUCCCGCGAGGGUGGGGGAGGGGCGUGAAGCCCACAACCCCACCUCCUCCCUAGCUCGGAAGUGGCUUUGUAGCAGAGUGGAGUUUUGAUCCAGGGCUUCCCAAACCCUAGUCUGAUACUCUUGCUGCUACAUCACACUUGACUUGAAAUUCAAACUUUACCACAAAAGAAGAAGAAAGAAUAUGUUUCAUUCCACUUUUAUGUUCUAGUUGCAAUGAUUACGCCAAUAAGAACUACUUAGAGCCUAUUUCUCCCCAAUGUGUCCAUUUCUUCUGCCUGUAUUAUCUGUUAAUGGAUCCAUUUCUGUGAUGUCCAGUACCUUAAUUGCCCAUUCAGUUGAUGCAGAUGUCAAGUGCUGAGCGGGAGAGGAGUAGAUUUGCAGCUCCUAGGAGAGUUUUUUCUGCGUGUGUGCAAUAGAAAUAAUUUGAUUGGCUCUUGAUAAUCCUCUUCGAGAGAGUUCAGUAUCAAAGUUAAUACAUCAGACAUCAGCCUUGACACUCAUCAUUGAAACAAUAACCUCGGCAGUCUGGACCCAGAAGGAGGCAAGGGGGGCGGGGGUGACAUCCUCAGCAAAAGGUUAAUUCAGUGCAAGGACCAGUCACUUGCCCAGGAUUAGGGCUAUGAUGCCCAGUUGAAGGGGCUUGGAAGCAGGAUGCAGAAAAAUUGGGAAGUGGGCAAGCAGGCAGGUAAGGAAGCAGAUCUUGGAUCGGGCUGGGGACAACAUGUCAAAGAAGCGGGGGCUGGUACCCCUUGGGCAGACGUCAGAGAGCCCUACAGUAGGUGGACCCAGAGUCAAUGACUCUCAGAGCUGACUGAUUAGAGAUUUAAUAAUAAUAAUAAAAAAAAUUAUUUAUAUCCCGCCCUCCCCAGCCCAAGCCGGGCUCAGGGUGGCUAACAACAAUAAAAUAAUACAACAUUCUAAAAUCAUUUCAUUAUAAAAUUAAUUCAAAUCAAAUUGAUGGCAACCAUUGGGCUAGAGUUCUGUGAAGAUUGCCAAAGGAGGGAGUCAGGCUGUGCCCUGGCCAAAGGCCUGGUGGAACAGCUCUGUCUUGCAGGCCCUGCGGAAAGAUGUCAAGUCCCGCAGGGCCCUAGUCUCUUGUGACAGAGCGUUCCACCAGAUCGGAGCCACAGCCGAAAAAGCCCUGGUUCUAGAUGAGGCCAGCCUAACCUCUCUGUGGCCUGGGACCUUCAAGAUCUUUUUGUUUGAAGACCUUAAGUUCCUCUGUGGGACGAGUCAGGAUGGUCAUCCAUCAACAGAUAGAGCUGGGUGUCAUCAGCAUACUGAUGGCAGCCCAGCCCAAAAGCUCCGGAUUUGACCCCAUCUUCCUCCCAGCUGAGUUCUUCAAGGGGCAACACUGAAACUAAGGAGAGGAGGAAUGUGGCAGGCAGUGCCCCUUGCUGGAAAUGGUCGUAAGUAACAAGACAGGAGUCACUGGCUGAGGGUGGGCAGAAGUUGGUGGGGCAGUGCCCCCUUUGCCCUCAUUCGCUAGCUUCUUUUGCAGAAAGCAAGGUGGUUGCUAACAGUUGCCCUGCAAGUGCUGCUAUACUAGAUAACCAGCAAUGUAACAAGAGUGGGUGGAAAGAGGGUCCUGCCGUGGGUGCCACCUGGACAGGGCAGAAUGAGCAUCAAGAUGGAUUUCUGGACCAUCAAUUGAUAAAAAAAAAAAAGAUGUGAUUUUUUUCUUCUUCAGGGUGGAAAUGAUUACAAAUGUUUUCAAGUUGGUUGAUAUCAGGUGUCAGUUUAUUCCGGGGCUUAGUGGGGCCAGCAGGCCGGGCAAAGCGGCAGUGCAGCUCAGAAUGGACUCUGUGACUGCAGCCUGACACAGCAAAACACAUUCAGGGUGCUAUCCAAGUUAGCAAUUUGGGGCAAGUUUACCUGCAGGAUCAUGUUACUCCCAUAUCCACCCACUUGACUGCUUCAUUCUGUGGAACUGACACAGCAACUGGUCCUCAUAAUACCUAUUCUGCCUUUGUAAGAAAUCAAUCUUUCAGUGUGGCAGAACUUACACACCCUGCCUGACACCAGGCAGUUGCAUUCACUGUACUCUUUUCGGUGCCUGAUAACAUUUUUGUUUAGACGAGCUUGCCUUGACAUGUAGAAUGUUGGCGUCUGUUUUUAAUCUGAUUUUGUCUUUUGACUGUUUUAAAGAGUUGUCUUUACUGAUAAUUUAAUUCUUUAUUCUCUUUGCAAACUGCUUUUGGGUCCUUUUUUCUUUUUGCAAUCAAGUGAUGUAUUAAAUCAUAUGAAAUAAACAAAUAAGUUAACUUGGGAGCCUACUGAGUUCAGUGGGUCUUCCUCCUGAGCAGGAUUGUGCUGUUUUCAGUCAUUAAAUACUGCUGACCGGGGACAGGAAUGUGGAAUUCAUUUUAAAGUAAGGCAGGCUUCCUUUCUGGAAUGCGCUACAUUUUUCAAGAAUUGCUGUGUCCAUGGAUAAGAUUACUGUAUGUGUUUGCUAAACCAAAAUGGGCAUAGAUGUUACUCAUAUGCUGGACAGCUUCACAGUGCUGAUUUUCAAGCAGGUUUCGCCUUGCUGCUAUUGCAAACAAAAUGAACCAGAAUGAAAAACUGCUACACAAUGUGAAUAAUGGGUUAUUUGAAUGCAUCCUCUCAUACCAAUAAGUGUGUAAUUUCAUGAGCAGCUUGAAAUGCCAGUGAAAUGUUCAAUUAGUCCCCAAAUAGCAGCCCAGCAUUGUUGUUGUUGUUGUUGUUGUUGUUGUUGUUGUUUUGUGUGUGUGUAAGAGAUUUCAAGAAUGUGAAGCAUGUUUGGGAGUCGUCACAAAUCCCAGUAUUGUUUGCAUGGUAUUAACAGCAUUUUGGAAUUCUUUCCUUAUGUUCUUUUCUGGCUGCACCUCCAUAAUAACAUUUCAAACUGCGUGUUGUUUUGAGCAACUCCUCUUGAAUGCCUGGGAGAUGGGGGGUAGGGCAUCAGAAUGAUAAUCCAAAAAUUGAACAAACACAAAUCAGUCACACAGAUUUCUCUGAAAAGAGGCUGCAUGAGAUAUGUUCCUGCAAUUGCAGCAUGGAACCACUGCUGUCUCUUCUGCAAAGCCCUUGGUCCUUGACAGAAACACGUUUGCUUGCACUCAUCUCUCACUAUUCUUCGCUCUCCAUUGUCUUGCUCCUACAAUCUCUUCUUCGCUGUCUAAAUUUAGUCUGUAAAGCUCUUUAGAGCAGGGACAUAUAUUUGGCUUCUGUUGCUCUGUAAAUCAUCAUGCACAGUGAUGGCAUGAUAAAUACAUAUCUCCACAAAUUGAAGGGUGGCCUGUGGAUAUUCUUAUUCUUAUGAGCUCAUUCGGAGUGGAGGCAAUGCUGAUCCAGGACACUGUGCCCUCACUCUCAGUUGCCUUUCUGACAUAGCCAAAUCUUAUUGGCUCUGUAGUCUUGCAACGUUGUUCACUUCAUUGCAUUUUAGAUUGUGCUAUGGCUGAUGUGUUUGCCUCCCCUGGGCUCCUAUGGGAGGAAAGGCAGGGUAUGAAAUGAAUGAAUGAUCCUUGCUUGUUUGGAUGGAUUAAUCCUAGCAAGAAGGGCUGUAACCCAAAGGGCCUUAGGGCCUCAGGUGCAAUCCUUGGGAUAUCUUGGUAUGGUUGGGAAACUCUCGUUUAAAAUCCUGAGGAGCCAGAUGAAUCAAUGGUCUUCCGAGAGAGAGAGAGAGAGAGAGAGAGAGAGAGAGAGAGAGAGAGAAAGAGAAAGUAAGUUUGAUGGAGUUCUGAAAAUAGCCUCCCCUGUGAAGCAUUGUUCUCCCCCUGGCCACUAAAGGAAAAGGCAAAUAUAGGGUCCAGCCUUACAUUUAAUGUGGAAAAUUGCUUUGUUGGCAUCCAUCUGUCUCGAGAGACAUUGGCGUGCAUCUCUAGGGGUGAAGUCAAACCGCAGCAUUAGCAGCACCAAAGUGACGUCUCUGGGAUGCAAGCCUGGGCAAUGUGUAUGGAGGUCCUGGGUUGCCCAGACAACAAGACCCCUCCCUUGGCCUUGUUGAUGUGGUCCAAAUCAAAGCAGAGCAAUGCGUUUGCCACCAGCUUGGCUGCAGGAGUUGCUAGAAGGAGGCGUACAAGGUGCCAUCCAACCGUCUUAAGGACUCCACUCUGGAUUUGUGUAGGGUUUGCUCCUUCUCCUGAAGAUGUCCCACAAGCCAGCCAAUCUCCUAGAUGGGCUACCUCCCCAGGUUGACGAACCCCAUCUGCUCCUCACUUCCCUCUACAACAUGUGCAGAAACCCCCUUCCUGACCUUUGGACCCAUUACUGGUCUUGUCCACUCAAUCCACUGGAGCCUGUCUUUGCUUGUGGAACAUUAGAGAUUUAAGAGCAAUAUUUGGCUGGUGAUGCUGAAUUAGUUGGUACGGCCCGUGCUAAGCAUGUACAGCAUGUCUAAUAGUGCAGGUCUGUGCUUGUUUACUUGAAGGUUAACCCCAUUGGUCAGAGGAGUAAGUUUCCCAGGUAAGAGUGCAGCCUUAAAUUUGAUCUGUUAUCAAGCUUGGUUAUUAUCAUUGCCAUUAUCAUAAUCACCGCUUACAAACUACUAGCAGCGCAAUCUAAACAUGGCUACUCAGAAGUAAGUGUGACUAAAUUCAGUGGGGCUUACUUCCAGGUAAACAGGAUUGUACCCUAAGGUAGGAAGGGAGGACACGACAGAGUUUUUUUUGAAAUGAUGCACUGUGUGGAGAAACCCAAUAGGAAACAUCUCUCUCUCUCUUUCAUAAAAUAGUGGUACCUUGGUUCUCAAAUGCCUUGGUACUUGAACAAUUUGGAACCAGAAGGCUGCAAACCCAGAAGUAAGGGGUUCAGCUUGUGAACCUUUUUCAGAAGCUGAACAUGCUCCGUUUUGAGUGUUAUGCUUUUGAUUUGAGUGCCACACUUCCAUUUUGAGUGUUACGCUGAUGUCUGUUUUUGCUAUUUAUUUUGCGUUUUUGUUUUUGCAGCUUUUUUGUUUGUUUUUGUGACUGUGUGGAACCCAGUUCAGCUGCUGAUUGAUUGAUUGUGUGACUGCAGUACUGUUCAUUGUUUAUUGAUUUCAUUUUAUGGAUCAGUGGUCUCAUUAGAUAGUAAAAUUCAUGUUAAAUUGCUGGUUUAGGGGUUGUUUUUAAAAGUCUGGAACGGAUUAAUCCAUUUUGCAUUACUUUCUAUGGGAAAGUGCGCCUUGGUUUUGGAACGGACUUCCGGAACAAAUUAAAUUUGAGAACCAAGGUACCACUGUACUAAGUCCAGGACCUCUGAGGAAGUUGAAUGUUGAAAGAGUCAGGACAGACUAAAUAAAGAACUGUGCCACACAGUGCAUAGUUAAAUGAUGGUGUUCACCCCCAAUGGGAGGCAGCGAUGGCCACUAACUUUGCAGGCUUUAAAGGAGGCUGAAACAAGUUCAUGGAGGCUACAGCUAUCAAUGGCUCCUAGUCCAAUGGCUGUGUUCUGCCUCUACUGUCAGAGAUGGUAUAACUCUGAAUAUCAGUUGCUGGAUGCCACAAGUGGGGCGAGCACUGUUGUGUUCCUGGCUUUCUAUACAUAGGUAUUGUAUCUGCUUGGCCACUGUGAGGACAGAACGCUGGAACCAGGAAGGCCUCUUAAUGUUCUUCCUGUACACACCUAGCGGUCAGUCUCAUUGAACUCACUGGGAUUUACCUCUGGGUAGACAUGCAUUGGAAUGCACAGAAAAUGUUGCACAUGCAUUGAAAUGUGCGGCAAAUGUUGUACGUGGUGUGUAUUCCAACACCUGUUUUCUAUUGGCUUAUUAUCCUGCAUAUUAGUAUAGCAGUGGAAUAUUUUUCUUUGUAUAAAAUCCUAGCAUCAUGACGGGUGUGUUUUCUCUUUCUCUUUCUUAAUGACAUUUUAAUUCUAGCCCUCCUCUUGGCAUCUACAAAUUGCUGGUGUAUAUUACCUCUUAGGCUGACAUUUCUAUAUGCUUAUAUUUGGCCAAGAUCAAAUUUUUCUUGGAAAGUUUUAGGAACAUCUGUUUAGCCAUUUGGGGGCUAUUGAAGCAUGUAGAAAUUAUACCACUCAGCUGUUUAAAUUUUGCUAAAGUACUUCUUCCUAUUUUAGAAUGGGCAUGAAUAGAAAAUAGAUCAAAUGCAAUAACUGAGAAUUUCAAAAUGGGCUUCCUCUGGGGCUCUUCUCUCUCCUUUCGCUCUAUCCUGAUUGCAGCUACUAUUCUGCACCUUAGAAUAUUCCAUUUCUGGAAAUUUUGGAACAAGACGGAGAUAGACUGAAAUUGCAGAGUUUUGAAAAAUUAAAAAACAAAGUGCGAGACUGGCUUCAUUAUUAUCAAAUAAUGGAGGCAUUUAAAUUAGACAGGAAAAUUGGCUUCCAGGUGGAAAAAUCAAAAUUAGAAACAGAAUUGUUAGAACCCAAUACUAAGAAUCUGUCAAGAAUGUAUAACUUGCUGCUGAAAUGGAAUACUCAAGAUGAAACGGUAAAAUCGGCUAUGAUUAAAUGGGCACAGGACGUAGGACAUAACAUUAUGUUUGCUGACUGGGAACAGUUAUGGACCACUGGUAUGAAAUUUACGGCAUGUAAUGCCUUAAGAGAGAAUAUUAUGAAAAUGAUAUACAGGUGGUACAUAACCCCAGUCAAGCUUGCGAAAAUCUAUCACUUGCCCGAUAACAAAUGUUGGAAAUGUAAAGAAACUGAAGGUACAUUUUUUCACCUUUGGUGGACGUGCCCAAAGAUUAAGGUUUUCUGGGAAAUGAUAUAUAAUGAAUUAAAAAGGUAUUUAAGUAUACCUUCCCCAAGAAACCAGAGGCCUUUCUCCUGGGCAUAGUGGGCCAAAUGGUGUUAAAAAGGGAUAGAACUUUCUUUAUGUAUGCAACAACAGCAGCAAGAAUACUCAUCGCAAAGUAUUGGAAGACACAAGAACUUCCCACGCUGGAGGAAUGGCAGAUGAAACUUAUGGACUAUAUGGAAUUGGCGGAAAUGACUGGUAGAAUCCGUGACCAGGGAGAAGAGUCGAUGGAGGAAGAUUGGAAGAAAUUCAAAGACUAUCUUCAGAAACACUGCAAAAUUAAGGAAUGUUAAAGUGAUGUUGGAUUGAAAAUAAGUGGUUUCCAGCUGUACAGGUUAAAGCUAAGGAUAGAUUAAGAUUAAAGAUUAAGAUUAAAGAUGUUUAAAGAAAUGGAAAUUUGAUAAUAAAAGGGAAAAAUUUAAAGGUAUAUGACAUUAAGAACAAGGAUUAUGUUUAAAAAAGCUGAAGCUAUAUAGUUUAAUAUUUCAUUAAAUUAAAGAUUGGGUUUUAAAAAGUGGAAAAGAAACUGCUGGACAAAUAAUGUAGAUUGGAAUACAAAAGAGGGAGGUAUGAGGAAGUCCAGAAAAUAAGUAAUUCAAAAUUGGGAAUGUAAAAGAGAGUUUGUUUUAAAUUGUUAUGUUGUGUGUUUUUAUUGUUAAAUUUUGUAUUGUUUUUUUGUGUGUGUGUGUUGUUUUUUCUUUUUUCUUUGUUUAAAACUUUAAUAAAAAUUAUUCAAAAAAAAAAAAAAAAAAAGAAUAUUCCAUUUCUGAGAGCCACUGCAGGUAUGAAGAGUCUGGCUCGGAGUGGAUAAAAUUGGUUUCAAACUCCUGGUCGGUCAUGAAUCUUGCAGUAUGACUUUGGGCCAGCCACUAUAGGCCAAUUUAGACAUAAAUGCUAAAUGUUACUUUGGAUCAUGGCCGCCUAUUUCCAUCUCCAGUUUUGGUGUGGGCACAAGGAAGAGUUCAAAAGCUUAGGCUUCCAUUUUCAGUUGAUCCAAGUUUUGCAUUCUGUCUAAACUCUAGGCUGUUGUUAAGCUAAUUAUGGUUUCGCACAACAAGCCAACUUCAUAAACAACAGAUACAAGAUGCCUGAGGUUCCGCAGGACUGUUUGAAAACCUUUUUGACCAGAUGUGUGAGUUGGACAAUGGAAACAUUUCUGCAGAUGCCAUGAGGGACAAUAUCCCUGUUGCGCUACUUUCAGCUCUCCUAAAAGUUAUUGUCUGUCUCUUGUCUCGGACCCAAUCCCAGCCAGUUUCCAAGGAGGCACUUCUCUGACUUUAAUGGCUGCUUGAUUUUAAUAAUAGUAACCUUGGUGGCUUAACCUUGAGUGAUUAAUUGCUCUUCUCACAUUUACAAAUCCGUCUGCCAGCAGCACAUCUGCCUGUUGCUUGUGUAGCUCUUGAUUUUAAUUUCUCCCGGAAAAAAGACUCGGGCUUCCUGUAAAGGUAGAACAAGGAGUGGAAGUCAGAUAUGCAUUUUACUCAGAGUAGACCCAUUUGAACUAAUGAACAUGACUAAGUUAGGUCUACUCGGAGUAGGAACUUAGUUGAAUCCCACCCCAGAAAGUUGGACAUCUGUUAGAGAUACUGUAGAUUCUUCUGCUGAGCAGGAGGUUGGAAUGGAUUCACAGCAGCUGUGAAGCUCUCACUGCAAUAUGAUGCCCUUUUGUUGACUUUCUUAAGACAUUCUAACAUGAUUUUCACCCUCCAUGGACUCAUGGAACCUUAUGGAAAGGCGCUUUCAUUGGAACUGCUUUUCUUGGAAUGUCUCAAACUACAACCAUUGGCUGCUAUUUAUCAUUCUCUUUUCUGUAUUAAGCUCUGUAUGGGUACGUUUUGUUACUUGACAUUAAAAACCAAUUGAAAAUAGUUAAAAAAUUGGAAAGUACAUGCCUUUAAAGCAGUACUAUACCACUUUAAUGGCAUGACUUCCCCCCAAAGAACCUUGGGAACUGCAGUUUGUUUUGAAAUGCUAAGAGAACCCUAUUCCCAAUACAGAACUACAACUCCCAGAGCUCCCUGGCAAGGAGGAUUGAUUGUUAAACCACUCUGGAAAUCGUCAGGGGAGGUCUGUGAUGGGAAGAGGCAUCUCCUAACAACUCUCAGCAUGUUUAGCAAAUUACAAUUCUCCAGAUUCUUGGGUGGAAACUGUGGCUGGUUUUUAAACAACAACAACAACAAAACAAAACCAAAAACCUGCAUUUUCAUUUGCAUGUUGUUUCAGUGCAAAUUAAGAUAGUUUUGCAUUGUGUUUCCCAUUACUAUUCCUUUCAAUAAAACCCCGCUGCUAUUGAUAGAUUCUAUGGGGGACAAAAUAUAUGGAAUUAUUCUUUUAUACCUCUUCAUUCAUUUCCCAUAUACCAUUAGGUCUUGACUGGAAAACUUUCCCCAUCUUUUCUCUCUCUCCCUGUAACUACAGGAUUUUCUAAAUGCACCAUGUAUGGACCAUUUUCUCUUUUACAUUUCAUCACAGACUUUCAUAGCAGCCAAGACUAUAUAUCGGCCAAGAACAUCCACUUGGCUAAACGGUCAAGGAACUUACAAAUGGCAUUUUUGCUGUCUAGUUGCACAGCUGUGAAUAUGUCAUACCUGGAGAUGCUUCAAAAGUUUGAGCUCAGGGCUUCUUGUGAAAUUGUUGUUAGACAUUCUUGCUUGUUGGCAUUGGGGAAAACUGGGAGUCCAGCAUUUAUGUUGUAUAUAAGUAAUAAGGAACCCAGCACUCUAGGUACCCCUUUAGUUGAGGUUCAUUGAAGAUAAAACCAAACUUUCAGUUUGUAUCUUAGGAGCCACUAUUCCUUAGCAAAGCAGGCUGAAGUCUCCACUUUGGGCUAAUGAUUUGCUAAGGAAUGGUGGCUGCUAAGCUACAAACCACAGCCAACACACAAUCAUUACUUAGCUUGUGAACCACCCUGAGACCUGCAGGUAUGGGGAAGCAAAUGUCGGUGUACUGGAAGAAGCAAAGAUCACCAGUGUUGAAGCAAUAAUUCUUCAACAUCAACUUCAUUGGACUGGACAUGUUGUGUGGAUGCCUGAUUAUUGUCUUCCAAAGCAACUACUCUAUUCCGUACUUAAAAUGGAAAGCAUAAUGGUGGUGGUCAACAAAAAAGGUUUAAAGACUGUCUCAAGGAAAAUCUAAAAAAAUGUAGUAUAAACACCAGCAAUUGGAAACACUUGCCUGCAAGCACUCCAAUUGGAGAACAGCCUUCACCAAAGGUGCCAUGGACUUUGAAGACACUCGAACUCAGGACGCAAGGGAGAAACGUGCUAAGAGGAAGGCAUGCUUGGCAAAUCCACACCGUGGUCAACUUCCGCCCAGAAACCAAUGUCCCCACCAUGUGGAUCCACAGUCACUUACGGACUCACUGUUAAAACUGUGUUUAUGGAAGACAAUUUUACUCAGCUAUGAGUGAUUGCCAAAGAAAGAAGAAGAUAAAUUUAAUAAAAAAUAAAAAAUAGUAACAAUAGCCACAAAUCCAGAUUAAGCACAGUUCAUUAUAUUGUCUAGUCCCUUGAGAGUUAAUUUAAACCUACUUAUUUUGUUUUACGUUCCACCUUUCUUCUGUUGGACUCAAAGUACUGCCUAGGAGUUUCCAAGCAAUUGCGGCAUUCCCUCCAACAUUUCUCUGAUUCUGAUGAAUCAGAAACCUGGAUAGCUUCUGUAAAUCCAGGACUGUCCCUGGAAAACAGGGACACUUGGAGGGUCUGUUGUGGUGUCUCAUCCAUCCAGCCCAGCCCAGAUGCAGACCUGCUUAGCUUCAGAAGCUUGCUGCCUCUUGUGCCCUCAGGGGCCAUUAUGGCAGCUUGAAGUGCCCCCAUCUUAUUGUGUAAAGGUUGUUCAAUCUUUCUUCCACCUAACCUUCAGUACUGCCUAUCUCCAAGCCCUCUGGGAAGAGUAAAAUACUCUCCACGGUGUCAAUUUCAGACUAAGCUGCACUUGAUACGUGGCACUACAUCUGCAGAUUAGCUGAGAUGUAUGACACACACACGGGCUGCUGUUGCUAGGGAGGGAAGAGCCUGUUGAGGAGGUUUAUUGGAUUACAAAAUUUGCUCUUAAAAAUGAGACCGGGAGGAAGUGGAGCUAUUCCAGCUUUCAAAAUAAUUCCUGUAAUACAAUUUUCUGAAGCAAGGUGUAGCUGGAAAAAGAAACUGAUUGUGGCUCAAAAUCACUGGGGAGCUAGAAUCUGAACUUGGGAUCUUGGCGGAAAGCUAGGCUUUAUUUUCCUGCCUUUUGACAGUAUAUAUAAAUCUAACUCUCAUUUUGCAAGAUGACCUUUUGUGUGAACAAGAGAUUUGAGGAGUUUAGUGGCGGCAUACUGUCAGCACAAGCACAAAACAGGACAAUAAGCUAGGGUGGAAUUCAGAACGGCUCAUUUUGGGAGGUGAAAUCAAGAGGUUUGUAUGUGCUAUGGCGGGUCCCUAAAUCCAUCGGAGCAGAUUUUGAGGGUGCACAGAGUAGGGACUGCAAAAAGAAGGAGGAGCGGGAGCUCCAUUGUGCAAGAAUAAGUCUAAUGUUUGAGUGGAACAGCAGCCAUGUUUACAACCUAAAGUUGUACUUCCUGGAGAGAGAGUCAAAGCAAUGGUGAGCAAACUUUAUUUUGGUGUUGGUGGCCCAAUUUCCUUUGGCGUAGGUUAGGGGGCUUGUGAUGAUUGUGGAUGGGGCUGAAGACAAUGGUGGAAAUGACCAGAGCCUAAAGUAGGUGAUGGCAUCCUUCCCUCCCUCUCUUUCAUUCUCUUUCUCUCCCCCCCCUCUGCCUCCCUUCCACUCCUUCUCUCCCCUGCUGCUCAUCCAAUGGGCUGUUGCAGGAGGGACAGAUCAUUCUUUCCAGAUGUCUGAGCAGAGAUCACCUUCAGAGGAGUUUUGAAAGUCAGCCAAGGACCACAUAAAAUUUGAGUGAAGGCCACAUGCAGCCGGUGGGCCACAGGUUGCCCAUUGCUGGUUUAAGGUAAACCAUACAUGGGCAGGGAACCAAGGAGCUAUUUGAUUGAUAGGUUCGUAUUUUCUCAAACGUAUACAGCAUAAUGACAUAACAGUCCAUAAAUCAUUAUCACGUUCAACUUAAUAAAACAGCUUUGCAAAUUAUGGCUCAUGCCCCAAGUGAUCAAUCUCUCAAUCAAUAUUACUGUGUACAAAGACAAGGAGGGAGAGAGUUACUGGAGGUGAAAACAUUCCAAAGGGCGCAUGCAUAUUUUUAUAAAAUAUUACAGGUUUUUUUGGGGGGCUUGGGGGUUGGGGUACAUUUUCCAUAAGCCACUAAGAUAUACAAUUGUCCUAAUGGCUCCCAUUUGUGUUUGUAUUAAGCUUUCAAGGAAUGUGUUUAUUUCUAAAACUGAUACCUGCUUCUUCAGUGACCAUCACCAUUCCCUGGAUGGCUUAUAAACCAUAGAAGAACAGAGUAAACCUCCUUAAAAUAAGAAUGUUCUCUUGCUUCUGACUUUGAUGGGGUUAAGGUAAUCUCCCAAACCAGGAGGGAAGCAUUAUAAAGUGGCAUGCAUAAAUGGAAGGGAACCAUGUUACUAUAAUUUUAUAAGUACGGUAUCAUGAUAGAAAGAUGAAAGUGGGUCACAAGCUAGAACAUGUGUGGAGCAGGGUGACCAAGAUGAUCAAGGGUCUGGAAACCAAGCUUUAUGAGGAACAGUGGAGAGAGUGGGUAUGUUUAGCCUGUUAAAGAGGAGACUCGGAGGAGAUAUGAUACCCAUCUUCAAAUACAGUGGUACCUCGAGUUAAGAACUUAAUUCAUUCUGGAGGUCUGUUCUUAACCUGAAACUGUUCUUAACCUGAGGUACCACUUUAGCUAAUGGGGCUUCCCACUGCUGCACGAUUUCUGUUCUCAUCCUGAAGCAAAGUUCUUAACCUGAGGUACUACAUCUGGGUUAGAAGAGUCUGUAACCUGAAGCGUCUGUAACCCAAGGUAUCACUGUAACUCAAGGGCUGUCACAUGGAAGAGGGAACAAGCUUGUUUACUCCUGCUUUGGAGGAUAGGACUCAAACCAAUGGCUUCAACUUACAAGAAAGGAGAUUCCGACUUAACAUUGGGAAGAAUAUCAGGAAGAACUUUCUGAGAGUAAGAGCUGUUUGACGGUGCAACAGGCUCCCACGGGUGGUUGUGGAUCUUCCUUCCAUGGAGGCUUUUAAGCAGAGGUUGGAUGGUCUCUGAGAUUUGUGUAUCACUUUGUGGGGUGUGUUUGUGUUGAACUAGAAGACCCUUGGAGUUCCUUCCAGCUCUACAAUUCUGUGAUUCUUAUCAGAAAGCUUAGGAAUAUUGGAAGCUCCUAAUACUAUCUGGCAGUGGCUCUCUAUGGCUUCAGACCCAGGGGCGUAGGAAGGGGGAUGGCUCACCCCAGGUGUCACCCUGAGGAGGGAUGACAAAAUGGCGGCUGGCCAAAGGCUACACUCACUGUAGGGUGGCCAAGGGCCCACGCACGCUGUCGUUAUGGCCGCUGCUCAAGCGCUGUCCCUAUCGGUGGUGCUCGAUCGGCACCGUCUGUAUCGGUGCCACACAUGCUCCACCAGGUGGUUUGUCCCGCCCCUGUGGGUGGUUUGCUCCACCCCUUAACACCCCGCACCGGGGGCUGAAGAGCCUUCCUUCACCACUGUUCAGACCAGGAACAUUCUCAGAUGUACCUGAAGGUGUUGGGGAUUUAAAAGACAACUGAAGGUGGCCCUGUUUUGGGUUUUUAAUGUCUGACACUGUAUUGUUUUUAAUAUUUGCUUGGAAGCCGUCCAGAGUGGCUGGGGAAACCCAGCCAGAUGAGCGGGGUAUAAAUAAUAAAUUAUUAUUAUUAUUUUGAACUUGGGAACUUCCACAUGCAAGCAGUCACUCUGUUCCUGUGCUAAUAAGAUCCUUCCCACUGACCAACAGACCUUGUGCCAGUAACACACAUCAAGAAGAGCUUGACUCUGGCCCUGAUAGGGAUAACUGUAGCAAAUGGUUUUGGUGUCACAGAUUUGGCAGUUGUGAGAAGAGAGCCAGAAAAGAAAGAAUAGAAAAAAAAGAGGAGUGAGAAGAGUGGUGAAUCUAAACCAAGUGCCUAAAGAGAAUGUAUUAAUACAAAGGAUCGCUUAGUGUAUCAACAGUUCUUUUCAUCAGAAGCAGCUGCAGGUGUCAAUGGACUGAAAGUAAAAUCGAUGUAAGAACAGAGCUACAAAUCUGUCAAAAAAAAAAGUCUGAAUAACAGUCACAAGGAAACCACCAGCGUACAACUUGCAUAAAACCAAAAAUUAAUAAUAUGUUGCACAUAAUUAUCUUGAUACAAAUGUCAAGCUGACAUCUAGAAUCUCUUAAAAAAAUACUGUGAACAGCAGAUUUAUGAAACAAAUAAUUAGCUAACUAUAUAUAUGAGAGAGGGAGGGAGAGACAAGCCUGAUAGUUGGGGGCUAAAAUCUCCAGCUGUGUUCAGAAUACUCCAACCCACUGACUACAGUCUGAAGCUAUAUUCAGUUGUUCCUUCAUAUGCAUGCAAAAAAAGGGCUUGAGACUGUGUCCUCCUGCUUCUGCCUCCAAUAUUCCUGGACAUUGGUGGCCCUGCUCUCAUUGCCUGCACACUGGGGGGGGGGGGGAGUUUGACUUUACCAACACCAUUUUGUCCACCUGGGUUCCACCAUAACCAGCAACCUCUCAAUCGAUGCUGAGCUGGACAAGCAUAUUGGCAAGACAGCUACAGCAAUGGCUUACCUCUCUGAAAGGGUAUGGGACAAUGUGAUGCUUAACAUCCAAUAUCAAGAUGAAGGUCUACCCGGCUUGCGUGUUGAGCACAUGGCUUUAUGGUAGAGAGUUGUGGGCCACUUACAACUGCCAGGAAUGAUGCCUCGAUGCCUUCCACAAGAUCACCUCUCAGACUUAAUUGCUGGGGUGGAAGUGAGAGUGUGGUUGUCUCUCUGUGUUUGUUGGAUUAGGUUUAGGGUUAAGUGUCUGGUACGGAGACCCCUAUCUCCUUCACAGAGCUCCAGUACUCAAGAGCUCCCUGGGAAGAGGGACUGAUUGUUAAACUACUCUGGGAAUCGUAGCCCUGUGAGGGAAAUAUGGGUCUCCUAACAACUACAAGCACCCUUGGCAAACUACAGCUUCCAGGAUUCUCUGUGGGGAAGCUAUGACGGCUUAAAAUUGUGGUGUUGUUGUUUAGUCGUCUUAGUUGUGUUCGACUCUCCAUGAUCUCAUGAACCAGAGCAUGCCUUGGAAACUCUCACUUUCUUCUCAAAGCGUCUCCUUUUUUAUGUCCAUGGAGUUUUCUUGGCAAAAUACUGGAGUGGUUUGCCAGUUCCUUCUGCAGGUGGAUCACAUUUAGUCUAAACUCUCCACUAUGACCUGUCCAUCUUGGGUGGCUCUGCAUGGCAUAGCUCAUAGCUUCUUGGAGUUAUUCAAGCCCCUUCACCAUGACAAGGCAGUGGUCCAUGAAGGGGGAAAUUGUGUUACACCACUCUAAAUGUAUAGUACAGAUGGAGUUUUAAUGGAUGUCUUAUAGAUAUUUUUGGUGGACAUUCUCUGAUCAGUGGGUUGAACCUGGAGCUUGGCUGUCGUUACUGUGAACUUUUUUAUAAAUAAUAAUAAUGUGCUGUGCAUUUGUGGUGGAACAUCUAAGUAAUGAGCAAACAUGUGAUCAUCUAAUAGAGAAAAGUGGUGGAUGAGGCCCCAGGUUAUUUUCCUGCUAGCCCAUUGUUCAGAAAACAGAGGGAAACAAAUGCAAAUUGUUCAGCACGGAGAAGUUCUUUGCAAAACACCUUUUGCAAGGGUUGUGUUAGAAGAGCUGCCUCUCUCCACCUCCAUUAGAGCUUUGUGCUAAAUGUUUUUUGAGGCCGUGCCAAGAUCUGGGUGACCUUGAUAGUUGUCCUGCAAUGGAAAGCUGAGACAUGUAUGCUCAGGAAAGGCCUUAAUAAUUGACUUGAAAGCUGGAGAUUGCCAAUCCUAGAAUUUACCACAAUAAAAACAUACUAUUGGGAGUGUUGUUGGGGGUGGCCAGGUGUCAAGACUAGAAAUGACCUGAUAUUUGGGAGACAUUUCUCCCCUGCCCAUUUAGGGCAGAAGCAAAUAGCUCCCUUGCCCAUAUUAGGAAAGAGUGGGAGAAAUUCAGUGGCCUGUGGGUUUUUUGCUGAAUAGCAUCAUGAGAGAAGCGGGGGACUUGAGAAUUCAUUCAAACCUGGGAAAUAUUGUGUAAACUUUCUUGAUUAUAAUGCUAGCACAUUUGUCAUGUUUUCUAAUGUUCCUUUCACUGCAGUGCCUGUUGCAUUAUGGAACAGUGGCUCUUUGACCAAUAAACUGGCAUAUCAUGCUAAAUUUCAUUCAUACCAGCGGUUGUGCUGUGACACAACAAUGGGUGCUGUUGGACCUUGUCGCUGUCCCCCCCCCCCUUCCCACACAUGCAUGCUUCUUAUUCCCCCACAGAUCACCCGGGAAAACCUCAAGAAUGAACUAUAUGUCAGUAUGCCACCCCAAAUUCCAUCAUUUUAUUCCUGCAGUUUUCUAACUUAAUGGACUUGCAGUUAAUGGAAGCAAUAAGCAGAGAAAUGAGCACUAAACUGCCACCAGAUUUCUGCAGGUGGCUUCUACAUUGUGUGAAACCUCAAGUAAAAUGUGGAAAUUAACAGUUAGGGAAAAGAAAUAUAAUGCUGUAAGGAUUCAGCCUGAAUUAGGCUGGUGGACCAGAUCCUUAUCUCUCCCGCUCCUCAUGAGGCAAGUUUGGCAGGGGGGCAGAGCCACCCACCUGUCAGUCACCUGGUGUUGCAAAGUGCAGAUUUCCACCAAUCACAAAACGCUGUGUGCAGAACUUCAGGGCUGCCAUUGGUCAGCAGAUUGUCAGUGCCUACAAACCUGCUUUGGUCCAGCUGCAUCCUUGCCUUCCCUAUCCCUGAUGCCAUAUUUGAUGUUAGGUAUAGGGCAAGUGGAGGCGACUUGGCUGAAACAGCCCUGGUGGGCAGAAUGGCUUAGUUCAUUUAUUACAUGCUGCCGUUCCACAGUGAGCUGUGCCCCAAAACAGGUGCCCCUAAACAUCCACUUAUCAAAAAAGCAAGCAUUGGGGGUAGCUGAGAGAAGCCAGCUUACAAAAUGUAUCCAUAAAUUCAAGCAGGGCAAAAAUCAACAUCGGAACCAACAUAGAGUAAAUUCCGUAUUACAAAAGAAACUCUUUCUCUUUAGUGAUCACUCGUAGCUGGGUAAAAUUGUCUUCCAUAAACACGGUUUUAAAAGUGAGUCUGUAAAUGACCGUGGAGGCCAAUUCUGGAUCCACAUGUCCUCCCACAGUGGGGACAUAGGUUUCCAGGUGGGAGUUGAUAACGGUGAGGGUUUCCCAAAUGUGCCUUGCUCUUAGCGCAUUUCUCCCACUGUCCACUGUCGAACAGCUCUUACUAUUAGGAAGAACUUCCUGACAGUAAGAGCUGUUCGACAGUGGAAUUUGCUGCCAAGGAGUGUGGUGGAGUCUCCUUCUUUGGAGGUCUUUAAGCAGAGGCUUGACAACCAUAUGUCAGGAGUGCUCUGAUGGUGUUUCCUGCUUGGCAGGGGGUUGGACUCGAUGGCCCUUGUGGUCUCUUCCAACUCUAUGAUUCUAUGAUUCCCUUUCAUCCUGAGUUUGAGUGUAUUCAAAGCCCAUGGCACCUUUGGUAAAGGCUGUUCUCCAAUUGGAGGGCUCGCAGGCCAGUGUUUUCCAGUUGUUGGUAUUUAUACUACAUUUUUAAAGAUUUGCCUUGAGAGUCUUUGAAGCUCUUUUGUUGACCACCAGCAUGACACUUUCCAUUUUUAAGUUUAGAAUAGAGUAGUUGCUUUGGAAGAUGAUCAUCAGGCAUCCGCACAACCAGUCCAACGAAUUUAGACUUCAAUACGUAAGUACUGAGCAAAGGAAAGUGAACAGAGAAUCAGGUUUCAGUUGCUGUCGCUAGUCUUGCUGAACUCCAUGAGGCAAAACACUACUAAACCUUAGGUUACGUAAAUACAAUGCUGGUAACAACGCACACAAUGUAACAGGCUGUUUUUGACUCUGUAACUUCUAUUUCAAACACAGUUCAACAGAUAAUAAUUCACAAAGUGUAAUUCCAUAGACCAACACAUCAUGCAAACAGAACAUAUCAAGAGAAAUUAAAGUCCAAUGGAUGGUCAGGAGAUAAAGUCCAUUUGGUUCCUAAACUGGCAUAUUGGCAAUAACCAUAAUAUGGUAUGCUUAUCUUCUGAUGUUCCACAUAUAUAUGUUCUGUUUGCAUGAUGUGUUGGUCUAUGGAAUUACACUUUGUGAGAUAUUAUAUAUUGAAUUGUGUUUGAAAUAGAAGUUACAUAGUCAAAAACAGACUGUUAUGUUGUGUGUUGAUACCAGAACUCCAGUGUUGGUGCUGAUCUUUAAAGCCCUAAAUGGCCUCGGCCCAAUAUACCUGAAGGAAUGUCUCCACCCCCAUCGUUCUGCCCAGACGCUGAGGUCCAGCACCGAGGGCCUUCUGGCGGUUCCCUUACUGCGAGAAGCAAAGCUACUGGGAACCAGGCAGAGGGCCUUCUUGGUGGUGGUGCCUGCCCUGUGGAACACCCUCCCAUCAGAUGUCAAAGAGAGAAACAACUACAUGAUAUUUAGAAGACAUCUGAAGGCAGCCCUGUUCAGGGAAGCUUUCAAUGUGUGACAUUUUGAUGUAUUUUUAAUCUUUGUUGGAAGCUGCCCAGAGUGGCUGGGGAAACCCAGCCACAUGGCCAGGGUACAAAUAAUAAAUGAUAGAUUGAGGGCACAAGGAGAAGGGGAUGACAGAGGACGAGAUGGUUGGGCAGUGUUCUCGAAGCUACCAGCAUGAGUUUGACCAAACUACGGGAGGCAGUGGAAAACAGGAGUGCCUGGCGUGCUCUGGUCCAUGGGGUCACGAAGAGUCAGACAUGACUAAACGACUAAACAACAACAAAUUAUUAUUAUUAUUAUUAUUAUUAGGCUGCAGUAGGCUGUCUUUAAGCACAAUUCAAAUGAGGAAGCAUGGCAGGGGCCUAAUUUGGCCAACAGGAAGGUUUCCCACUCCUACAUUGUGAGGUGGCUGAGUGGUGUUCUUCAUUUUAAUACUCGUAAAAGUUUCAAACCUGUCUCUAGUGCCACCACAGCCUCCUGCACUUCCUGGAAGGACAGGACAACCUCUUAUCCAAAAUGCAUCCCGGAAAAUCACUCCAAAAGGAGGUGGCUUUGGGAGGGGGUGUGUCCUGUGUCCUGAGGCUGGGGGAAAGACCUGGAGGGCCACGUUUGACCCCCUGGACACGAGGUUCCUCUCCUCUUGGUGAAACACUUCGCUGAGAAAAUGGCUCACAAUACCUUGUGAACCCAACUCUGGAUUCUGCUCUUUUUACGUUCUCAGCUGCCUGAGGUCAUUUCAACUGGGAACAUCAGACCAAGUCAGGGGUCUUCCAUAUGUUGAAGCUGGUGCUUGAUCAGUGAGUUGCGGUGGUCCCUAUGGCAGAGCGUCACAAUUCUAGGCAGCUCCUUCAGGCUCCUGGCUGCAACCCGCAGCUGCCUGGCUCUGCUUUAAGACUUCCUUGUUGCUGUGAAAUUCUAUGAGCAGCAAAAAUAGCAAUCUUUAAAGAACUUGCUCGCUUUGGACAGCUCUUUUUUUCAAAAAUCUGUUCAAAGCAGGAAUUCCCCGUGUCUAAUUUUCUUUUGAGUUAGAAGCCACUGUUUAGCUCUCUGAGUGACAAUAGUGAUUCUUUGUGCCGUAAUGUAGAAAACAGAGGUUCGGCGGGGUGUUGCUAUCGUUUAAACACCAAUUAAUGCUGUAAUUUCUUGGCUGCAGCAGUAAAGGAUUCCUUUUCAUUUUUAAUUUGCAUGGAUUCUUGAAAGUGUGUACUGCUAUGCUGGUGCUUAGCAGGGAGUCGUUAAUGGGUGGGAUUGCAUUACCAUCCUCCCCCUUCCAUCCCUGGUUUCUUAUGGUAACCCUCCCCCCUGCCUUUGUGGAAAAUAAAAAGGGGGUAAGCCCCACCUAAGCCAUUACCACUCCGCAUGCGUUAAUGUUCCUGCUAUUCAUCCUGCCUACAGAGACAUGCUGUUCCUAGUAUACUCCCUGUGCCUUGCAGAUCUUGAAAAGCAUUAUGCAUUGUGAUGAAAGUUUGACAUUUAUGUACACGGGAUGGCGUGUUUUGUGUGUGUAAGAACUCUGUGAUUUCUAUUAUUUGGCACUCCACAAGCACGAUAAUCUAGCUUCAUAAGAAGAGUGUGUUAGAGCGCAUUGUAUGGCAGAGUGAAAGUUCAUCUGUUAAUGCAAAAGAAAAAGGGAAAGCAAGGACAGAUCUUUAAAAAAGCAAAAAGCUAGGUUGUUUGAACCAGUGGUUAUGGAAAAGGCUGCUUUGUCUCUCAAGAAGCACAUUCCACAGUGAGACAAGAGUCUUGAUAAGUGCGCCAGCCUGAAAAUCCCCCAGAACACUCAGGAAUCCAUCAGAUUCCAUCAGUCUUUGAGAGUGCACCAACUCGUUGAGUCUCUCCUGCGGAGUUGAGUAGCUACAUUUAGCCUAAACCUCACCAGGGAAUGGUCUAUCCAUGACAAGUGACUCACACUGAGCCCCUCCCCUCCACCCCAGUCAAUGGAGUAUUACUAGUUUGCUCUGAGGAAAAGACCAGGUCUACACCAGAUUAGGUGUAGGGGAAGCAGCUGUGGUUUGGGGAAUAUGGCCUUAUGAGUCAAAUUGAGACCCAUGCUGGGCCAAAUUAGUCUGGAGGUUCUCCAACCUCGCAGUAAAUGAGCUAUGCUGGAAGCAGAAGAGCAGCAGAAUGCUCCAGCUUUCCUCCUCGCCUGAGGAGGAGCCCGUUCAAUUUUCCAGCAUGGAAUUGAGUGCUCUCACCUGCAUGGAAUUCCCUGGUGCCUAUAGCUACCAGGUGAAUGUUUCAGUACACAGCUGCAGUAUAAACAGACUGCUGUGGUCAGACCACUUUGAACAGUCAAUAAAACAAGCCAUUUCCUACAAAAACCGCUGUGGCGCAAUAGCUUAUCUCUGAUGUGCCACCUGACUUUUCAGCUUCCAGACACAUGACUCUGUUCUGCUUGGACUAUGCCCCCUUCCACACUGAAUUUUAUAUAUUGAUUCAACAUUUGUUCCCCACCUUUCCUUGAAGGUGCUCAUGGUUCUCCCCCCGCUGAUAUCAUAAUGCUGUGAUGCAAAUAUGUGACCAUGCCUGGAAUACACCUCUGGUCCUCUCGCCUCAAAAAGGAGACUAUAAAAUUGGAAAAGCUUCAGAAAAGGGUUACUUUUGCAGCUUAUUGGGACUUUUUAGUUUAGAGUAAAUUUAAGAGGUGACAUUAUGCAUGGCAUGGAGAAAAUUGCUGGAGAAAAGUUUUUGCCCUGCUCCCAUAGCACUAGAACUUGUGACUAUCCGGUGAAACUGAAUGUUGGAAGAAGCUUCAGGACAGAUAAAAGAAAAUACUUAUUCACACAGCACAUAAUUAAACUAUUGAACUUGCUCCCGCAGGAGGAAAUGAAGUGAUGGCCAUCAACUUGGAUGGCUUUAGAAGGGAACAAAUUCAUGGACAAUAAGGCUUUCAGUGUAGGGUUACCAGACGUCCCCGGUUCCCGGGGACAGUUCCCUGAUUUGCAAAUCUGUCCCUGGGCAAAUUCCGUCCCCAGGAUGUCCCCAGAUUUGCAAAUCUGUCCCUGGUAAACAUGGCAGCGGCAGCCUCAGCAGCCCAGAGCCAGCGUGUUAACACACUUGGCUCUGGCUAGCUUCAGGAGCUGCUCGCUGCCGUGGCACCCACCAUUUUCCUGCACCACGGCAGUGGAUGGAGUGGAUGGGGCAGUCUGUUAAUGUGGAAAAAGCACAAAAGUAAGGGGAGAGGGCCGUGCAGAAAGCCAUGUUUUAAUUGCUCCUCUUAUUAGCCUCCCAACAAAAGCAAAAUAAAACUGUAAAAACAGAUAAACAAACAGAAUAUUUCAGCAGACACCUGCAGUGUCAUAUUGUUCUGCAGUCAGGUUGGUGAAUAAAAGAAAGCAGGAACCUAAAAACUUGGGGUGGGUGGGGAAGAGACACUGCUAUCUAAUUAAAGCAAGGAAAAAACCCAAACAGAUUAAGCUGAAGCCAUCAUGUUUCCUACAUGCUGUGCUGGGAAUAAAUUAAAUGGCAAAGUUUCAAACAUUCCAGGUCCUGGUGCAAAACUAAAAUAGAAUCAUAGAAUUGUAGAGAUGGAAGGAACCCCAAAGAAAUGGAGUUCUUUAUUGCAGGGUUGGGAGGAGCUGUUUGAAAUGGGUAAAGGGACCCCUGACCAUUAGGUCCAGUCGUGACCGACUCUGGGGUUGCAGCGCUCAUCUCGCUUUAUUGGCCGAGGGAGCCGGCGUACAGCUUCCGGGUCAUGUGGCCAGCAUGACUAAGCCGCUUCUGGCGAACCAGAGCAGCGUACGGAAACGCCGUUUACCGCCGGAGUGGUACCUAUUUAUCUACUUGCACUUUGACGUGCUUUCGAACUGCUAGGUUGGCAGGAGCAGGGACCGAGCAAUGGGAGCUCACCCCGUUGCAGGGAUUUGAACCGCCGACCUUUUGAUUGGCAAGCCCUAGGCUCUGUGGUUUAACCCACAGCGCCACCUGUGUCCCGUUUGAAAUGGGAGAUGUGAAGAAUAAUAAUAAUAUGCACCCAAUGUUCUUGCAGCAUUAAGUGUGCCUGGGUUUGGCCCCCAUUUACUUUGCAGAUCAACCAUCAUGACGCUGGUGUCUUCCAAGUGUUUUGCAUCACAGUUCCCAUCAGUCCCAGCCAGCAUGUCCAAUGAUAAAGGAAGGUGAGAGCUGUUGUCAAAUAUUAGCUCAAGGGCACCAGGCAUUUUUGUUAAUAUAAAUUCUCCGCAGUAUAUUUGUAAUGGGUAUGAGUUACUCGUGCGUAAACUGGUGCCUCUCUAGGCUAAUUUGCCUUGUUAAAGCUUUCUGACUGCACAGCCCUUUCUCAUCGUGGCUGCCUCAGUCGCUGGCAGAAUCCGUCAGUGGGCGUUUCUUGAACCUCUUCCAACGUAAAAGUUGUUUGACACCCAAGUCUCCUCCUCCUCUCACUGCGCGGGAGUCUUCUGCACAGGGAGGGUGUGGGUAGCGGAGGACCUGUCCCCUCCUCACUGAGGUCCAGUGAAGAGUCCUGGAGCCCUCUCUCCGAUUCCCCCAUCUGCCCCCCUUUAUCCCUGGUGUUGCGCUGAUUUGCUUCCCCCUCUACUGAGCUGUUUCUCCCCCUGCUGCUGGGUCCUUCGCCAGCAUCAUCUAGGAGCCUCCCCUUCACCUCUCGCUCCGAUGUCAGUUCCCUGACAAUAUUUUUUGAAAAAAGAAAGAGUAAGUUGUAUGAACAUUUAAGGUAACAUUUUCAGACAAUUGCUAAGAAUAAGCAUAAAGGUUUCAAAGUAGCUUAAAAUAAGUUGGCUGUACCCCAGUGAGUCUUCUUGGCCACAUGCUACAGUUUUCUGGGACUUGUGGUACAAGCAAAGCACUGGACUCUGAAUCCCCUUUCAUCUCUCAUUCUUUUAAAGAUUCCACAGCAGGAAACUAGGUGGUUUUGACCUAACAGAUGUUUGGUAUCUUUGCUGAACACAGUUUGUUCCAGUAUUUUCUUCUUUGGGUUUCAGAAAGGGGGGAGGGAGGGGAGAGCUAACAAUUUUUGAUGGUACAUAACAUACCCAGCUAGCUGGCUAGAUACAGAUAUAUUGUAAGCAAUAGAGACUCUGAUACAUCCUGGAUAUAAAAUAUUACUCUCUCUCAUUUUGGUGAUCACUCGUAGCCGAGUAAGAUUGUCUUCCAUAAACACGGUUUUAAUAAUGAGUCCGUAAGUGACUGUGGAGGCCAAUUCUGGAUCCACAUGUCCUUCCACAGUGGGGACAUUGGUUUCUGGGUGGGAGUUGAUCACAGUGUGGAUUUGCCAAGCGUGCCUUCCUCUUAGCAUGUUUCUCCCUUGUGUCCUGAGUUUGAGUGUCUUCAAAGCCCAUGACACCUUUGGUAAAGGCUGUUCUCCAACUGGAGCGCUCGCAGGCCAGUGUUUCCCAGUUGUCAGUGUUUAUACUACAUUCUUAAAGAUUUUCCUUGAGACAGUCUUGAAGCCUAUUUUGUUGACCACCAGCAUUACGCUUUCCAUUUUUAAGUUCGGAAUAGAAUAGUUGCUUUGGAAGACGAUCACCAGGCAUCCGCACAACAUGACCAGUCCAAUGAAGUUGAUGUUGAAGAAUCAUUGCUUCAACACUCGUGAUCUUUGCUUCUUCCAGUACACCGACAUUAGUUCACCUGUCUUCCCAAGUGAUGUGUAAAAUUUUUCGGAGACACCGUUGAUGGAAUCUUUUGAGGAGUUGGUGAUGGUCCAUGUUUCACAAGCGCACAGUAAGGUUGGUAAUACAAUAGCUUUGUAAACAAGCAUUUUGGUUUCCCUGCGAAUGUCCUGGUCCUCAAACACUCUGCACUUCAAUAGGGAGAAAGCCACACUCGCAGAGCUCAGGCGAUGCUGGAUUUCGGCAUCAAUGUUGGCGCUUGUGGAAAGAUAACUGCCUAGGUAGGAGAAGUGAUUGACAUUUUCCAACAUUACACCAUUGAGUUGGAUUUGUGGCGCUGCAGAGGGGUUAUUUUGUACCUAUUGGUGCAGCACUUCGGUUUUUUGAAUGUUGAGUGAUAGGUCAAGCUUUCUGUAAACUUCUGCAAAGAUAUUUAGGAUGGUUUGGAGGUCAUCCUCUGAGCGUGCUCACACUACAUUGUCAUCAGCAUACUGAAGCUCUAUGACGGAAGUUUUGGUAACCUUACUCUUUGCUUUCAGCCUGCUCAGAUUGAAGAGCUUUCCAUCUGUUCGACAUAUGAUUUCUACUCUGGUGGGGAGUUUCCCUUCGACAAAGUGUAGGAUCAUGACAAUGAAAAUAAUAGAGUUGGGGCAAUAACACAACCUUAUUUAACACCAGAUCCCACUGUGAAUGGUUCACUUUGAGAGCCAUUGUUAUCUGCAGUUGUUGCUGUCAUAUUAUCAUGGAGGAGCCAAAUGAUGUUUACAAAUUAUCUGGGCAGCCAAUUUUCAGAAGGACCGUCCAUAGGACAUUACGAUUUAUAGUGUCAAAAGCCUUAGUCAGGUCGAUAAAUGCCAUAUACAGGGGUUGGUUUUGCUCUCUCCAUUUUUUCUGAAGCUGUUGAGCGGUGAAAGUCAUGUCCGCUGUCCCCCUAGAAAGCAAGGGUGAAACAAAGAUGGACAAGAUCCAUAGAGAACUGGUCUUGUUGGUUGCUUACAACAAUAACCCUAUUCAGAAGUCAUACCCAGGGUGAGUGAUGAGAGGAUCUUUGCAUGUUCAGUGUAAUAGUGUGUUCCGUGUGUGUUUGAACUUGAGUAGAACACCCUGUACUUUAUCAGUGUCCCCAACAGUGCUCACAUUCCUUCUUUCUGAUUGCUUAGCAACAGUGAUUUAGGGACCAAACAUCCUGAGCAGCAGUAGAGCAGCAGUAGUGACCCCAUGCCUGCCUAAUAAACCUUGGAACAUUCCUUCCACAGUUUGCUUUCUAACUUUCAUUAUAUAUGUGCGAUUGAUUUACUUAUUUUUAAAAUGAAAGCUCAAAGUCCAGCCCUCCUGUUGAAGCGAAGGGGGCAGGAAUGAAUGUAAAGAUGAACCAAACAUUGUCCUACUCCAAAAUAACUUACCGUAUUUUUUGCACCAUAACACUCACUUUUUUCCUCCUAGAAAGUAAGGGGAAAUGUCUGUGCGUGUUAUGGAGCGAAUGCCUGCGGGUGGCGGGGGGAAUCUGCUGCAGUCGUGAGCAGAGGAUCCAUGGUUCCCCUUCCUUCCCUCCUCCGUGGUUACAAAGCAUGGAUCCACAUGGAUCCUCAGGAUUUUUGCAUUGGGCUACUCCAAACUCACUGUCAGAUCACAUGUCUGUGGCCACAGCAUGAACCACAAAAAUCAUAUAUCCACUAUUUCGUUUAGAAUAUUUUUUUCCUUGUUUUCCUCCUCUAAAAACUACGUGCGUGUUAUGGUCUGGUGCGUGUUAUAGAGCGAAAAAUACGGUAAUUUACCUUUAGGCAGGUAGCUGUGUUGGUCUGACGCAGUCAAAAUAUAUAAAAAAAAUAAAAAAAUUGUCCAGUAGCAUCUUAGAGACCAACUAAUUUUGUUCUUGGUAUAAGCUUUCAUGUGCAUGCACACUUCUUCAGAUACCUGAAGAAUCUUCGGUAUCUGAAUAAUUUAUUAUUAAUAUUAUUAUUAUUAUUAUUAUUUACUGACCCACAAAUUUACUCCAGGACAGAAGUCUGAGCACAUCUGCAUAUUAAUGUACACACAUUGGAACCCCUGCUUUUGACUUGUAACCCAGCUUUCCAAAGCAGACAUUCAGGAGAAGGUGCAAAGGGGCUUCCUCCCAUCCCAGCCUACAUUAAUUCACCCUGGCUAUUUAAAUAGAACUACUAGAACUCUACAGAGAAACUUUUCUAAUCCAGCCAUUUUGCAGAAGGUUUGGGACAUUUUUGCAUGAUGUGAGUCUGAGGACCUGAGAUUACAAUGGCAGAGGGCUUGUGAUUUUAGUAUGCUUUGGUUAUAAUUAUUGUUAUUAUAAAUUCAUUUAUAGUCUGCCAUUCUGAGCACUGCCCACACAAAGUGGUUUACAUAUCAUAAAAGCACAAUGCAGUGUGCAAUGCAAAACUGAAAGCUGGACGAUUUCUAAGGCGGCGGUGCAAAUGUUACUUAAGAACAAUUAAAGGGCAAUUAAAAGCAGGAUAAUUUAGAUUUGUUUUGCAAAGAAUAAAAUGCACAUACUGAACUUUCUACAUGUUACAGGCAAUUUAAAAAAAAUCAUUAAAAAUUGAACACCUGUGUUGAAAAGAUUCAGCAGUACAGUUUUUCUAUUAGGGCUGUCAACUGAUGAAAUCCUUUUAACUGAUUAGCCAUCUGUUAGUGAAUUAUUAACUUUAUGUAAGUUUGUAUAAACACAGAGAAAUGGGUAUACAUAGACAGGUGAAAGCCAGUAUUUUAAGUAUAGUUUUAUGAGUUUUUGGGUGCCGGACUCCUCUAAAUUCUUGCCUCUAGGAAGUUUUAGAGUUUAAUCAAGACUUGGGGUGUUAAACUGGGUACCAGACACUUAGUCCCUGGAUUCAGAAAGUAUUCAGAGAACAAAGGGGCCAUUUAGAAAGCAAGAGAGAGGGCUAUGGACCAGAUGACAAAUGGGUGGGGCCGCUCCUCCAGUUCUUAGAGAGUGAGAAGGACAAAAGCCAGGGUUUAAUGCUGAAAGGAUGUGUCAUGUGUCCUAGAUGUAAAGGCCUAGGUUGUGCUUGAUUAAUAAGCAAAACCAAUUUUUUUUAAAAAAAGUAAUUUUUAUUUGAUUUUACAAGUGUAAAGUUAUAACAAUACCAAAUACAUGUUCAUGUUCAGAGAUUUCUCCAGACUUCCCACCAUCCCCUCCAUGGGUCCUAUUGUCAAAAUUUUCAACUGCAUAAUAUUUCAUCAUCCAUGUGAUGCGUUUUCUGUUCCGAGACUUUCUGAGCUCUUCCCGACCUUGGGGAGGGCAGUGGAGGAAUGCUGCCCAACAACUGUGAAUCUGUUAACUCUCUCUUCCAGUGUUUCUUCUUCUAGCUGUUCCCCAUCCAGUAUUUCCCAGCUUCUGCCUUCUGAACUAUGCCCCUCUGCAAACCAUUGUUCCAAAUCUAUACUGUCCUCCUGCUCCUGGGAAGACUCAGGAGCAGGAACAGGAGAGGGGAUGGCUCCCACCAUUCCUCCUCAGUGCAGCGCUCCUCAGCACGGUCCCUGACAGUCAGUAGAGCAUGAUACUCAUAAUCUCAGGGUUGUGUGUUCAAGCCCCAUGUUGGGUAAAAGAUUCUUGCAUUGCAUGGGGUGGGAUUGGUUGAACCUCAUGCUCCCUUCCAACCCUACAAUUCUAUGAUUCUAAGGCCUUAUUUUUACGUGAAUAUGUAUAUAGAACCACUCCAGUCUUAGUCCUGACCAAUGCUGGUUAGAUAUUCCUGAUCAUCUUGAUAAUGGGGGGGGGGAUCAACAGCUCCCCAUUCUUUUUUCCCUCCUCUGUUGGAAUAACUUGGUCAUUGGAACAGGAGCCUCAAAAUUUCAGGGUCGUGGGUUCAAGACCUACGUUGGGGAAAAGGUUCCUGCAUUGCAGGGGGUUGGACUAGAUGACCCUUGGGAUCCCUUCCAACUCUACAAUUUUUUUAUUCUGUUCUACCUUUGCUCUUUGCUAUGAGUCACUGGAGAAUAAACUCAGCAAGUUUAUUUUUACCGUCUUAAAUCUCUGUCUGCCUCUGUGUGUGUACAUCCAAAAGGGUAUAUGUUUGUGUGAAGGAGGAAACACAAAAAUAACAUGGAAAAGACAAGCAAACCCUAACAAGGGCCAUCACCUGGAAGCCAGGACUUGGCAAACUUGAAAAAAUGUGCCUAGAAUUGUCUCAGGGAUACUUAUUUUCCUUCCGAGACUGUCUUGCUGUUAGCGUGAAUAUCAAAUGCAACGCCAAAAGCAUUUUCAUGUGCGUUUAGUUUCAGCUUGAUUAACACAGGGCAGGUGAAUUGUUCAUUUUCUUCAUUAGCACAUUUUACAAAUGUAUCGUUAUAAUUAUUAUUUCUAUGCUUAAUUUAUUAAUUGCCCUUCUAAACCACUGUCUCAAGGCGACUUACACAUACUAUAAUUAAAAAGAGUUUAAAACAAUUAAAACGGAGAGAUUUAAACACAGCUUCUGGAACCACCAGAAAAACCCUUCCCCCACCCACCCACAAUUUAGCUUAACACAGUGUAGAUAAAUCCGUCAUUUUCUUCAUUAGCACAUUUUAUAAAUGUGCGCAAAGUGAUCUCAAUACAGCUGGGAGUGGAGAUAAGUUCUUAGUUGCCACCAGGAAAAAAAAUCCCUUCCUCCAUGAUUUAUCUUGAUCAUUGUUUUCUGUUGCCACCAGAAAACCCCUCUUGCCUAUCCUUGAUUUAGCUUGAUUAACACAUUUUCUUCAUUAGCACAUUUUAUAAAUGCAUGGCGGGAUGGGGGGGGGGAGGGGGAGUACGAUCCAGCUGGAAGCAGAGCUAAGUUCUUGGCUGCCAGCAGAAAAUCCUCUCCUUCCCUUCUCUCAGCAUUGCAUCAGUCUAGCAAUCUAGUUGCUUAUUUAUUUUUGAAAUCAUGUGUAUCUCACCUUGAAGGACCGAAAUCAUUCUAAGGUGUCUUACAAGUCAACUCAAAAUGCAAUAAUAACUUUUCAAAAUGUCUAAUUCUCUACACAUGUUGUUUGGGUGGAGAUGGCAACACAGGGGCAAGAUCUCACAUUGCUGCCUGCCUCUCUCUGCCCCUGGAGGUCCAUGUGUCCCAACAGCAGACGAUGACGUCAAGUGGAGGAUUUGGAAAGUAUUGGUGGGUAUCAAGCGCUGGACUGAGGAGAUGGUGGGAGCCACCCCCCUUUCCCUCAACCUUCCUAAGGGCAGGAAGACAGUAUUGAUUUAGAGCAGUGGUUUGCAGAGGGGCAUAGUCCAGAAGGGAAAAGCUGGGAAAUACUGGGUGAGGAACAGCUAGAAGAAGAAACACCAGGAGAGAGACAGCUGGCAGAUUCAGUGCCCUUGGACAGCAUUCCUAACCCCCCUUCGCCUAAGACUAGACGGGCUUUGAGAGUGAUAGAACAGAGAGCACAGCGGCAACAAGCUCAGAUUACCCGACGUAGGAGUGACGUAGAUUAAUGGGGAUGGAGGGGGUAAACCUUUACUGGGAGCAACACCAUUUCUAGAGAGAUAUGCAUUCCUUUGUUUCUCACUGUGAUUAUUAAAGAAACUAACUGGUAAGAAUGCUCCUUUCGUUUGAUCUGCUUAUUUACUGCCACCAGGGGAGGGAUCUGAUCCCCCAAAGCCUGACAGUGGGCAACUUCCAAGUCUGCCCCUGCUCUCCAUUCUCACAGCACAUUAUUAGACGUAUCAAGGAUUGCACUGCUCAGGGGUUUGCUGACAAUUCAGGUAGUGAUUCAGGAAAUCUUGCCAGGACAAAGACAGGCAAUGGACACCAUCUAGCACAGCCUUCUGCAAGCUGGCGACCUCCCAAUGUAUUGGACUACAACUCCCAUCAGCCCUGACUAGGUUAAAGUUUCCAGCAAGAGGAAAGCUCAUCUAGCGGGAAGUUUUCCUGCACAAAGUAGCAGAUUAUGCCCAAAGCCUUUUGAGAUGCAUUGCCUGUUCUGAUUUCUGGCCUUGAGCUAAUCAGCACAAAUGUACGGUAGGUACAAUUGGCAAGCCAUUUUAACGAGGCAAACUCUGGCAAUUGAUAUAAAUAGAUCUCAGUAUUUGGAAAUAGUUCCCCCCCCCCCAUCAUGAAGAUACACUCCAUUAUGCAGUGCAUGACACACACCCAACAUCAUUGUCUGCAGAAGGCACAGUAUAACAGACCUAUGAAUUUCUUUCAGUUUCAGAGUUAGAGGUUAUUUGUAACAGCACAAGUAGAGAGAGCAGCUUUAUUCAGAAAGAGUGUGUUGUGGGGGGAGGUUUGGCCAGCCAAGGAUGCUACCCCAAAUUUUGUCAUGAGAGUAGUAGUGGUGUGAUCAUGAAAACAACUGGGACAAAAUUGCCAUGGUUUUGUGAUUUAAUGGGAUCACAAGCAGAAGUUUUUUCCGGCAGCAAAUAACACAGAAAUGAGCACUAGGCUUCCGCUAUAUCCUGAUAGACUUCCAGAAGUCACUUACAAAAAUACAAACACUAUUAAAUUUAAAAAUUAAUAAUUAUCAAACACUGAGAAUUGUCUUUCAGGACAAAUACAAGUAGCAGUGUUAUGUUCUGUAUGCAGUGAUCCAUAUGGCAUUAAAGAAGGCUUGGAAAAUCUUUUACGACAUUACAGAUUAAGCUCACAUCCACAGGGUAUGCUUUGAUCUACAGCAUUGAGAAGCGACUUUUGCAUUGUGUAAAAGAUAAAACAAAAUCAGCAGUUUGAGAAACGUUGGGAAGAUGGAAUAAAACUGCCGUAAUUUUAAAACAUACAGAAAGUAACAGAAAGUUAAAACCACAAUUAUUGUUGAUUAGUCAUUUAGUUGUGUCCGAAUCUUCGUGACCCCAUGGACCAGAGCACGCCAGGCACUCCUGUCUUCCACUGCUUCCCGCAGUUUGGUCAAACUCAUGCUGGUAGCUUUGAGAACACUAUCCAACCAUCUCGUCCUCUGUCGUCCCCUUCUCCAAUAGGACAGACUAAAAUAAAUUAAAACUCACACAAACUUUAUAAACCUUUGAGUAAGGUAAAGGUAAAGGGGCCCCUGACCAUUAGGUCCAGUCGUGACCGACUCUGGGGUUGCGGCGCUCAUCUCGCUUUACUGGCCAAGGGAGCUGGCGUACAGUUCUGGGUCAUGUGGCCAGCAUGACUAAGCCACUUCUGGCGAACCAGAGCAACGCACGGAAAUGCCAUUUACCUUCCCACCAGAGUGGUACCUAUUUAUCUACUUGCACUUUAAUGUGCUUUCGAACUGCUAGGUUGGCAGGAGCAGGGACCGAGCAACAGGAGCUCACCCCGUCGCGGGGAUUCGAACCGCCGACUAUCUGAUCGGCAAGUCCUAGGCUCUGUGGUUUAAUCCACAGCACCACCCGAGUCCCCAAACCUUUGAGUAGGCUUGUCUAAAUGAGAAUGUCUUCAGCAGGUGCCAAAAAGAAUACAGUUAAGGUAUCUGCCUGGCAUCAAUAAGCUGGGAGUUCAAAAGCGCCAUUGCUGCCGUGCUAAACAAUGUAGUGCCCCUUAAAAAAAGUAAUGUGUAGUUUUGCUCAGAGAUACAUGCAGAUUACCAUGAAGCUAAUGGCACCCAUUCCUUCUGGGUAUUGUGAGUAUAGAUAAGAAAAUCCUGUGUGCUGUGGAGUGGGAAGAUACUACAUCUUUGGGGCAGAUACUUUGACUGGCAUUUGAUUUAUUCUUCAUUUUGUUUAAAGCUUUUGACUUUUCCUUAAAAACAUUAAUUUCAUGUCUUCAUAAUUACAUACAGUGGUACCUCAGGUUAAGUACUUAAUUCGUUCCGGAGGUCCGUUCUUAACUUGAAACUGUUUUUAACCUGAAGCACCACUUUAGCUAAUGGGGCCUCCUGCUGCUGCCGCGCCGCCAGAGCACGAUUUCUGUUCUCAUCCUGAAGCAAAGUUCUUAACCUGAAGCACUAUUUCUGGGUUAGCGGAGUCUGUAACCUGAAGCGUAUGUAACCUGAGGUACCACUGUAUUAUCCAUUCCCUGUCCUGGAUUUCCCAACACUGAAAAGAGAUAUAAGAAGUUACCAGGUUCCUCUUAUUUUUGCUUUCUUUAAGCCUCCCUUCCUCCUCAAAUACAGCUGUUAUUUUAACCAUAUUUAACUGGUUGCAUACCUUCUUAAUUAGAUCUAAUUUAUUGGGAUCUGAUAUUUUCUGUAUGCCUUUGUGCAAAUUUUUCUAGCUGGAGUGAUCAUAUCUACAGCUUGACCUCGUUAGCUUACUCUGAGGUUCUUUAUUUACCUGCCAGCACCUCUUUGAUCCUGCCAUAACUUCCUUGCUAUAUUUGACCACUGCAAGAAGAUCCACCCGCUUUUGAAAGCUGGGGAUUUAUAAACAUCUGUUCUGGACUCACCCAGCCUAGUGUGCAAGAGCAUGUCUUCCUUUUGGUUCGGCAUCAAGCAGGAGAGAGAGAGAGAGAGAGAGAGAGAGAGAGAGAGAACCCCAUUUCAUCUAAUCCCAUUGAUUAAGUACUUUGAUUCAGCAGAUAAGAGAUUGCUAAGUAAAGUUUGCAUUCUAGCCGACGCAUCAAUCAAAACAGCAUGUUCUGCAGAGAACUGCUUGGCUUAACAGCGUUUCAGCAUGCCUAUUAUAGUAAUUAUUCUGAGCAUCAUUUUUAUGACGCACAGAAAGGCAAUUUUAAGUACUGUAUUGUGCCCCGCUCCCCAGUCUGUAGGUCGUCCCCCACUUCCCGGCACCACACGCUUGCUGGUCUGCAUAGCAACUAAGCUGGGAGGUAGAACUGGCAAACUUCUGCACUAUAGAAACGGAAGAUAGUUUGAUUAUGCUGUGUGUACACACACAUAUGCACACAUAUAAUACAUUAUGCAAAUUGGGUUUAAAUUAUGCAAUCUACAUUAUGCUGUCUAAAUUAUGCAGAAAUUCUGCUAUUUCCCCCAACUGAUGUAAGGAAGAUGUGUAAACAGUCUAUAUUAGAGCAGAACAUUGCAUUUAGAUAAUUACAGUGAUCAUAUGCACCACAGAUAGGUGCUUUGGGCAAAUAUAUUUGUUUAUGUUUUGGCACUAAAGCUGAAAAUUGGAAAUGCUGUAAAAUGGAAAUGCUUUUUUAAAAAAAACAAAACAAACCACACACCCCAAGAAACAGCAAGUUGAAUUCUGUGUACAAAAUAAAUGAAAUGAAUCAAUACAAUAUAUGCAUGUUUGGGGCAUAACUGUUAUUGCCAUUUUAUUUUGAAUACUCUGAAAAUUGGGUAAUACUUUAUACUGGAAAGCUGGAGAGCACACUCCUUACAUUGCUUAGCUGAGAAAAGUCUCAGGAAGCCUUGCUUAAUUUGCUUCUGCCUUUGCCAAUGAUAAAGGACGCAGGUGGCGCUGUGGGUUAAACCACAGAGCCUAGGACUUGCCAAUCAGAAGGUUGGCAGUUCGAAUCCCUGCGACGGGGUGAGCUCCCGUUGCUCAGUCCCUGCUCCUGCCAACCUAGCAGUUCGAAAGCACACCAAACAAUGCAAGUAGAUAAAUAGGUACCGCUCUGGCGGGAAGGUAAACAGCGUUUCCGUGCGCUGCUCUGGUUAUCCAGAAGCAGCUUAGUCAUGCUGGCCACAUGACCCAGAAGCUGUACGCCAGCUCCCUCAGCCAAUAAAGUGAGAUGAGCGCCGCAACCCCAGAGUCGGCCACGACUGGACCUAAUGGUCAGGGGUCCCUUUACCUUUACCUUGCCAAUGAUGCAAGUAGGCAUGUUGAGAUCAAGCUUUAGCUGUAUCAUACUAUUUGACGCUGUAGGUAGGUUUUGAUGCUGUAUUAGAUUGUAUGCUUUAUUUGGUGGACAGGCCACUUUGCAACGUAAUAACCAUGCAACACAAGAACUUUAAAACUGUUAUUUCUGUAUAACUCAUAUCAAAAGCCACAGUGUCAAACCAUUUAAUAAAUUACUGCAAUCGCUGUCCCCUCAUUCCAAAGCCUGCUGUGGAAGAGGUGUGUCUUUUACCUGUUUCCUAAAACCACAAUAGAUUUGAGAAGCAAAUUAAUACUGUAAGUAGUUGUUAGCUGGGAAGCAAUUCCUUGCAUGUAGAAACAAAGCAUGUCAGGGUGAUUCAGCCUAGACUUCUCCUACAUGUCUUACUUCAACGUAUAGGGAAGUGUGUGGGGUGUGCAUGCAUGCUGAACAUUCAAACAUUCAAGCAGUCCCCCCACCUUGUAGCCUGAAGUAGUAGUUGUUGUUUAGUCGUUUAGUCAUGCCCGACUCUUCAUGACCCCAUGGACCAGAGCAUGCCAGGCACUCCUGUCUUCCACUGCCUCCCGCAGUUUGGUCAAACUCAUGUGAGUAGCUUCGAGAACACUGUCCAACCAUCUUGUCCUCUGUCGUCAUCUUCUGCUUGUGCCCUCUAUCUUUCCCAACAUCAGGGUCUUUUCCAGGGAGUCUUCUCUUCUUAUGAGGUGGCCAAACUAUUGGAGCCUCAGCUUCAGGAUCUGUCCUUCCAGUGAGCACUCAGGGCUGAUUUCCUUAAGAAUGGAUAGGUUUGAUCUUCUUGCAGUCUAUGGGACUCUCAAGAGUCUCCUCCCGCACCAUAAUUCAAAAGCAUCCAUUCUUCAGCGAUCAGCCUUCUUUAUGGUCAGCCUAAAUUAGUACACUGCAGUAACUAUACCUUUAAUUAUCCUAAAGAUAUAAACUGGUCCUUCAUAACAUAGCAGCCUUGCACAUCUGCAUGUGAGAGGGAGACCUUCAGAAAGCUCACUCUGACAACUCAAGAACUCAUUGUCUACACCAGUUUGGGCCAGGUAUCCUCUCGUAUAUACCUGCCUGGGCCUUCAGAUUAUUACCACCAGAGAUCCUUUUUAGGUUCCCCACUUAAAGAGAUGAAAUUGGAGGUUACUAAGGACCUGAUACCUACAUAAACAUCUUUUUGGCACCUGGUGAAGACCUUUGUAUUUUCAGUCUUUUUGCAGUCAUCGUCAUCAUCAUCCCUCCGGCUGGGAUUUAAAUGCUGUUAUGCUGCUUGUUCUGGUUUUUAGAAACUCUCAUCUUUGUGGCUCCCAUUUUUGUUGCAUAAGGAAUUAAAAUGCCUACAAAGUCUCUCUUCCCUUCUUUUCUGGCAACAAGCCAUUUUGCUAAUUGUGCUACUGGCACGCGCUAAUUAGCCGUAACUCAUAUUUUGUAAGAACUGUUUAGAAAUUUUUUUGAAGCACUCGUUGUGGGGGGAGAUUUAUGUCUGUACCAGCAUAUAUUUGUUAGCAUGCAGAUGCUGCAAACACGCUCCAAGGGGUGCAUCACGAGUUGGAGCAAGAGACAAUUUGCAGCCCGGAGUCUUAGUCUGCCCUUCCCCUUUAUAUAGCUCCUAAACUGGGCUAUCCCAUGCAAUAGGUCAGGGAUGGGGAGCCUUUUUCAGUCUGAGGGGGCCAUUUUUCUUUCUGUGCAACCUGCCAAGGGCUGCAUGCCAGAGGUGGGCAGGGCAGAGGCAAAAGUCAGCAAAACCAGAAGCAAAAGUGGUGGAGCAACAUAUGUAAAGUUGGCUACCUUCCUUCCAUGCAAAAGCCAUUAUCUUCUACACACAACCCACAUGCUCAUCUCUCCAUUGCCCAGGAAGAGGUACCAACACAGUUCAACAGUACAUUCGAGCCAAGCAGAAGCACUCGCAGGAUGUCUCUUCUGUUGAAAUGCAAGAGCAAGCAUGGCUCAAUGCCUCUCCAUAUUGUAGCCGUGUGUUACAAUAUUGGCCGAGUUCUUCAUAUGAUCUUAACCUUAAUUGGCCUUGAUCUUCUUUUACUAAUUGCUGAUAUCUGACCCAUUUGCCUUCUGUGUUUUUCUUUUUAACAGAUAAUACCUCUAAUGGUGAUAUCCACCAUGGUGUUUUGGGCUCUAACAAUCUCCGGUGUCUUUGCCUGGGCAUGAACAUUAAGGCACCGUGCAGUGCCCAGCUUGAUAUGUCACACACUGCAGCUGCUGAGGUAUAUUUUGAAGCAUAGAGAACACACUUAAGGCAAAUUCAGGUCCCCCCACCCCCCGCCCCGGGUAUCUUUAGGCAAAAGAACAAGCAGCCUCUGCCAGCAUUUAAAUCCAUGGGGGACAGGUUAUUGCAGAGUAAACAAACAUAUACUAUAUAGAGGAGAGUCAGGUAGGGGGCUCUGCCAGUGGUCCUUUGUGUUAGGACUGGGGACUGGGUGGCUGAGUGGGUACAGAGUGGGGUUCUAAAUUGGGCAGCAUCCCGCACCCAACUGCAGCUUACAGAUCAAGUGGAAGGGAAGCCCAGGCUUGAAGGAAUCGAUGCAUAAAUUAGUGUGGUCAAACUUUCCUGCUCCAAUAAUAAUUUAUUUUUUAUAUCCUGCCCAUCUGGCUGAGUUUCCCCAGCCACUCUGGGUGGCUCCCAGUAUUAAAACAUGCCGUGUUGAUCAGGUCCAACAUGGUUUCUUUAAACUAAAAUUUGAAGCAAGCUUGCAGUUUAAACUAUGCCCACUUAAGAAAGGCAGUCUGUGGCUGUUGUGGCCAAUUUUAAACACAAACCCCUUAAACAUUUCUAAAAUGACAGAGACAGAAGGAACAGACUCACAUACACUUAACAGACAACACACAUAACAGACAAUGUGUAACAUGUAAACAUAUAUAUUUCCAUCCUUUAGUUGGUUAUUGUAAGGAGUUGGCUCGCUUCCUGUUUGUUUCAUUAAGUGAAGUUAGUUGGAAGGUCCCACAUGAAGGGAAUAGCCAUAGCUUUCGUACUAAUGGCAGUUUGUAAAGGUAGUUAUGAAGGUGCAGGAGAAGCCAUAUAGCACGGACAGCUCUGUCCUCCAACAGAAGGGUAUGCCCCUCCCCCCCAGGAGAAGCACCACUGCCCCUCACUGGAAUCUGCAGCCUGAGGCAGUGGCAGCAAACUGCCUAAUGCUAGGGCUGGUAGGUUUCUGGUGGUUGUUUUUUUAAAGGGCAGAAUAUGAAACUCCAGCAUAGAUUCGGGAUUUUUUUUUUUUUUACAGUCUUAAUAAAACCUAUUACACAAGCAGCGGGUGAAAGUAACAUUGAAAAAGUCUGCAGGGAGUCUAAAAAUAUACAUCCAAGUCCGCCUUGCACUGAGGAAGGACUGUACGGAUUGUACUGGGGGAAAAUUAUAGUGGAAAAAUAAGCCAGCGAUCCAGAAGGUUUCUUUCGCUGAUGAGCUCCGGUAAUUGGCAUGAAGACUGCUUUUUCUUUUCUUUUUUCGUCCAGCAAUCGUGUUAGUACUGUGAAGCACUGUACUUCAAAGAAAGGUUUCUCCCCAUUAUAAAAAUCUAUUAAGUAUUGUUGUUGUUACAGAUAACAUCAAUCAAGAGACUGCUCAGGGCUGAGAGGGAACACUUUGAUUUCAACUUCCUUUUACUAGAAAGUGUUGCCCUCACUCACUUAAUGCUGUGUGCUACAAAGACCUUUAACAGGGACCGUCUGGAAAUUUCAUCAUCUUCUUUUCUAAUACAAGUGAUUCUUUUUCUUAAAUUGCUUUUAUUAGUAGACGUGCCAGGAUUAUUCCGAAUGCAAAUGAUGAUGGGGACGUUGUUGCAUAGCAAAGAUGCUGUCUCUCAUGCUCAGUCGUGUGAAAGUGCUCAAGGAAUUCUGCUUUAUGGAGGAAAUUGCAGGUGGGGGCGGAAAUCAAGCCCCCAGGUUUUGCCCAGCAAUGUAGGCUACUUUAGACAUGUUUCACCUGAGCAUGCUGGUCACUAAUUAAAUUGUGUGUUGAUCUCCUUCUUUGCAUGGAAUCCUAUUCACUUUUCUCACAAGAGCUGCUAGACCAUUUAGUUGGCAGGUUAAUCUACUGAAGGUUAGGUUGAUUAAUAAUUUGUGCUGUAAGUUAAGGGCUUGCUUGGUUAUUUUUGUGGCUGUUUUGGCUCUGGGGUGUUGCGUGCUUGAUGGGAGGAUCUGCUGGCAGUCACAUUUUUGGGGAUCUGACUUAGUUUCACAGGGCUAGAAGCGUGAAGAAUGAUCAAUGAAAGCAACCCCAAGAGUGAAGGCCCAAUGGAUUUGGGUAAUGUAGUCCAAACAAGGCAGAAGGUCAUGAAGGAUGAAGGUCAAGUUGCAGAAUCAUCAGCUGAAAAAAACCCCACACAGUUUAGAUGCAAGUAAACUCAUCCAAGGCAGGAAGCAAUAUGGCGGAAGGGAACAGGAACAAAUCUAGAUAGGGGUACCAGGUUGAGUCAAGUGGUGAAAAUGGAAGAUAAAACUCAGAGAGUGAUGUGUGUUUCAGCCAGACUGGUCCAUUGAGCCACAUGAAGAUGGGUGACGGGGAUUGCAUUGCAAUCCAAAUGAUACCUUUGAGCAGGAAUAGCCAACAUAGGAUAGCCAGAUGUUGCUGGACCACAACUCCCAUCAUCCCUGACAAUGAGCCAUGCUGACUGGGGCUGCUGGGAUUUGGAGUCCAGCAACAUUUGGAGGGGAACACGCUGGGUACUCAGCCUUUGAGGAGCACAGUUCAGUAUACGAGGCAAGUGCCGGUGGACUCCAUAAAUUGUGUGUUGUGCAAAUAAGUUAUUUUGCCUGUCCCAAACCUUCUGCCACUUGGUUUCAUUCCCCCCCUCUGUAUUCAAGUAUUAGAUUAUGAAAGACAGAGAGAAAAUUAGCUCCAUCCAUUAGCAUCCAACUCCAGCUUUGUUCAUGAUCAUAGCACAACACACCCAAUAUUUUAACAUCUGCCUUUGUGCUGAAUAUUGGUUUCCAAAUAUCUUUAUCUUUGCAUAGCCAUUGCAGACCAAUUCAUCCUGGAAAGAGUUCUUUUUAAAAAAGAAAAAAAGCUGGUUUCCUGUACUUGAAGAAUGAGUUUUUAAAAGCUGUGCAGUCAAUAUGGGCAACCCUGAGCAGAUUAACUGCCUGGCAAUGGAUCUCUCUGCCUAUAUAUAUGUGACUUGGGAGAAAGAAUUAGCUAAUAACCACUGAUUUAUUUUUGUUUUGAUGAUACGACGCAAACAUUUUACGCUGGGUAAAUAGAUUUAUUUAAACCAGGGCUUGCAUUUGACUGAUGGCUUCUUUAAUAGAAAUACCAUUUGCAUCACAAAAAGGUCUCCGAUGCAAUAUAUCCUUCCUAAGUGCUCACAAGAGGUGGGAAGGGGGAAAUUGAAGCAUGUGCAAAUGGUAUCUCCCCCUGCCCGGCCCCACCAAAAACAAUGCCAUUGUGUAUUUUCAUAUUGCAAUAAAACAACUUUAGCUGUACCUCCUCAAGCUUGAACAAGAAAAUCCUGUGGCCAGGUACUGGUUCCUUACACCCCGACAGUACCAGUUGUGGAAGGGAACUUCAACCCAGUUCGUGCCAAGAUGAGAACAGCUUGUUCUGCAGGGAGCAGAGAGCUCAGCCUGACUACAGUGGUACCUCGGGUUACAUACGCUUCAGGUUACAUAUGCUUCAGGUUACACUCUCCGCUAACCCAGAAAUAGUGCUUCAGGUUAAGAACUUUGCUUCAGGAUGAGAACAGAAAUCGUGCUCCGGCAGCAGCGGGAGGCCCCAUUAGCUAAAGUGGUGCUUCAGGUUAAGCACAGUUUCAGGUUAAGAACGGACCUCUGGAACGAAUUAAGUACUUAACCCGAGGUACCACUGUACUAGCAAAGAACAGCAGGUGGAUGUUGCUUCAGCAACAGCCAGGCUUAGACCGAGCCCUUUAUAGGAGCAGCGAUUGUCCUGUGUUCACCUACACUGAAAGAUUCCUCCUCAGUAAAAGGAGACCAGGUCCUUCCAGGCGUCUUUUACUCAGAUGGAGCAGGGCAGACCCGGGGAGAAAUUCAGUAGCAUGCACAGUGCAAGCGUUUGAGCUUGCCAGACAGAUUGUUCCCCCCAUUCCUCCCUUCAUUUGGGGGGGGUAGCAUGGGGGGGUCAAACAGAAGGGAAAAGGCUGUUGCACAAGUGGAAGUCAUUGCACAUGGCUUCCACUGACAGCACUCAUUAUCCUGCCCUCUGAUCUCACCGGAGCACCUGAAAUUUAGUCCUCUGAGCCAGCGGAUGACAUUAGGACAACCUCUAGGCCAGAGCAUGGACACAGCCAGGAUUUUUGUUGGGGGGAGGACUUGGUUGUGGGGAGGGGAGGACUUUGGUGUGUGGAGGGGGAAGAAUCGAUGUGAUUGGUCAGUUAGUUAAGUAUUUCUAUUGUUUUACUUGAUCUAGAGGGGGCCACUGCCCCCCACCCAUCCCCCAUUGGCUAUGCCCAUGGGCCAGAGUGGCACCGCUGCCCCAUCUUGUGGAAGUCCAGCUGGGAUUGGGGCUAAACUUCUAAAGGAGUGGGGGAGAGUGGUCUCUGCCUAACUCUUGCCCCUUAACUUGGUUUUUUUUUGGGGGGGGGAGGUGGUAGGUUUUUGUAGGCUCUAACUCUGUACCCAUUAAAUGCAGCAGGAUUUCACAUUUGAGUGGAAAUGCAGACAAUCGGGUUGCAAACCUUUUCAAGGCGAUGGUGGAAACGGUUCAUUAAUUAAUUUUGCAGAGAAGCAGGGAUUGCUUUAAACUUCAAAGGGGAAGUCUUUGCAGACCGAAGACUGCCAUUUCAAACAGGACCUGCAAAACAGAAAGGGGCUUACUUUAGAGUAAGUGAGCUCUCCCACUGCAGUUCAGAAAUGCAUGUCCAUCCUUGCAUUGCCGUGAGGACACAACAUCAUGAGAUUGCAGUGAAGAAAGCACGUUUUACUAGGUGUGGGCACAGAACUCCACAAUCAGCUCAUGAUGAAAAGCAACAUCUCAUAUGAUGUAGUAAUUGGGUUAGAUCAGGGUUGGGGAGCUGUCAUCAUUGCUGGUCAUUGCCCGUUCUGUCCAGAACAGAUGGAAAUUCAAAUCCAGGAACAUUUGGAGAGCAACAGCUUCCAGAUCCCUGGUUUCAACAUAGAAACUAGUUAUUUACUUUUUAUCAACACAGACAUUUCUCCUAACAGGGGACCUCUUUUCAGUGACUAAGGCAAGAAUAGAUUGACAGAAGACAGUAUUUGCACAUGAAUGAACAGACCUGGGUUUGCAAAACAUAAUGAUUGUGGGUGUAAGAAAAUCUCAGAUCAUCAGAUAAUUAACUGAGAGAAUAGUGAAGUCUGCCAGAUUAUUUUCCACCCAGGCACAAAUAUAUUUAACUUUAUGUGCUUACAUGGUUGCCUUUGUAGUAAGAUCUGAGUGAGAACGCUUGCAGGAAACAUCGAAGAUUGGUAUUUUUUAAUUUUUUUUAAAAAAGAGAACUUUUUAGCAGGAACUAUUUCAACGGCGGCUUAAACACUGGUGAAAUUUGUUGUCACAAAGAGCGAGUGCCGGUUCAUACAUGCACGCUCUUAGCUAGCCAGCAUUUGAUGAUUCACCAUAAUAUGUCUAAUCCAACUCCAAUAAAAGACACUCUAUUUGAGGUGAUGUGAAAUGAUAUCUGUGGCAUUUUGAUUUAUGAUGGCAAAUCCACCGCUCAGUGCUUCAGUCAUUAUAUGACAAACAUUCGUGAGUGAAUCAGCCCUCAAAAACAUUCUGAGGUCUGGAUAAAAUAGAGUUCUUCUGCAAGUGGAAUUAGGAACAUAGGAAUCUGCUUCAUUCCUAUGUCAAGCCAUUGCUCAGUAUCUCCCCAUCUAUCUGUAGUCCUCAAAGGACAUACAGAUGUUCUAAAGGUAGGAGACUUGGGUGGGGUGGAGUGGUCAGCUGGUUUAACCCUUUCUUUGCUAUUUUUCUGCACGGAAUCUUAUCUUCCUCGUCCCCUUUACUGGUUUUCUUCCAAAGAGUUCCAAGUUACGGGUCCUCCCCUUCCCCACCCCCCACAGUGCGAAAACCAGAUAGUUCUGGGAUUGCCACUAGCAUAAUUUUUUUUUUAUUUACCAUUUACUAUUAGGUUUAUAUACCUCCCUUCAUCAGAAGAUCUCGGGGCGGUUCACGAGAUAAAAACACAAGAUAAAAACACAAAUAAGUAAUUAAAACAAAAACAGCAAAACAAUGAGACUUCCCUCCCUUCCUCCCCCUGCAUGCCCCCCCCCAGGCCAUCUGUAGAUCUGCCCUGGAGGAUUGGGAGAACACCCAGAAUAGAUUUCAGGGUGGGGAGAACAUUCUGUUGUGCAAGGAUAGCCUUAGGCUUAGCACUGCAUUGAAUGCAACCCUUUCUCUUGAAAAGCACUCUAGCCACUCAGAUUCCUUUUAAGGAUUGGACUGGAAGCAUCACUGCAAAGAGCUGAGAACAUAAAAAGAGCUGUGCUGGAUCAGGCCAAAGGCCUAUUUAGUCGCAGGAGAUCAGGACCAUGGUCAGCACAUUUGGGGGGCAAGGUUCCAACUCCAGGGGAAACAUGGCUCUCAGGCGUCACAAACUUGGAAUUCCGCUUCAGCAAUUAUCUGGAGCAAACCAGAGAGGGCUGCUGUUUGCAACUCCACUCCCAAGGAGAAUCCUAUCAGGGCUGACAGGGGCCGUGCCUUAUUGCUUAGGCUUGGACAGUGAUGGGACUAGGGAGCCUUCUGCUGCCUCUGGGAUUUCCUGCUUCACUGGCAGGUUUUCUGAGGGGUUGCUCAGAGUUCUAGAAGAGGGAAGUGCUACAUCCUCAGGCUGUGAAAGAAAGAAAAUGCACUACUGUUUCCUGGGGGAUGCCUUCCCAUGGGUAUCUUGUGAGACAGGUAGAUUUGAAGCUAUCCAUCUCCUGUAACAAACCUCCCUAUCCUCUGUCAGAUUCAUCCUCUAUGGCACUGGGGUAUAAUGUUUUUCAUCCUUUAAACAGCAAUAUUUUGUACCUGAAACAAAAAAGAUCCCUAUGUAUAUGCAUGCUUGUGUAUUGGGUGGUGCCGCCGUCCUUGAAUUUUUGGGGGAGCUGUAGGGAAUCUGGUGGCAGAAGUGUCCCAAGACUCUUUUGGAUAAAACCCGUGAUGUCCUUUAUGAUGAGCUGAACUUGUUGCCUCCAUGCUCACACUGUUCUGUAGUCUUUUGAAGUUUCAUUUUAUAUAAUGUUACUGGUCUUUUUGUAUUAUCACUCAAAGCCUUCUUAGAAUCACCUUCAUUUACAGCUAUUGGUUUUUGAAUGUUAUGCACUCUUCUCUUGCCCUGGAAACUGACAUAUCCUUUGCUCCUCCGAGGAUGCGUGGAAUAGAAAUGUGAUAGACCUGCCAAUAAGUCAGUUGAUUCAUCCAUCCAAAUCCAAAGGAAUAGUGCAGUUUCAUCGUCAUCUGGGAGGGUCCAGUUGCAUCAUAGUGGUGCUCUUAUAAUUCUAGGGUUCUCAUCCUAUGAGUCCAUAAUGACAACCAUUCCCAUGCCAUCCUUCUGUCUAUCUGGCACGUUGCCCCAUCAUUUGAACAGUGUCUGCACAAUGUUACAGUUUGUGCUGCUGCAAGGACACAGUGAUGGUGAUGAUCCAAAUUGAGUGAACAUUUGGGUCAGGGUUGGGGAAGCUUAUACCCAGGGACUGAAUAUGGCCUCACCAUCCAGCCCUCCUAACUCUCCUCAGGCUACACAUCUCAGUGGCUUGUCUUCAUGGAGAAUAGAGAAGGGUGCAUGAGUGUGUGUCAAAACUAGCCUGCUGCAAAUUUACAGUGGUACCUUGGGUUAAAUACGCUUCAGGUUACAUAUGCUUCAGGUUACAGACUCCGCUAACCCAGAAAUAGUGCUUCAGGUUAAGAACUUUGCUUCAGGAUGAGAACAGAAAUCUUGCUCCAGCGGCACGGCAGCAGCAGGAGGCCCCAUUAGCUAAAGUGGUGCUUCAGGUUAAGAACAGUUUCAGGUUAAGUACGGACCUCCAGAACGAAUUAAGUACUUAACCCGAGGUACCACUGUACAUUUGUGGCUUUGCCUGUUUUUACCUCUGGCCCCGCCACAGAUGUCAGGAUUAGGCGUUAGGACUAAGCCCUCUCUCAUAUAAUUUAAACAGGUGUUGGAGUCAUAUAUUUUGGCCUGAUAUCAGCUGGAGUUAUUCCUCAUUGUCAGCCUUCAAGACUAACGGUGUGUUUCCUUCAAGACUAAUAAUUGCUACUCAUACACAUCGAGGACUUGCAGAAUGAAAACCAAACAAUUGCCAGUGCCGAGUCAUAUUCUGUGCCAGAAGCACGACUCGGCAGGGACUCAGCACACCACUGACUGAGCCUGAAAAGUUAAGUUAUUUCCCCCUCCCAGGUAACAAUAUGCUUUGACCUCCAAACACUCAACAUAGUACAAACACAGCUAUCCCUUUCAUUGACUCUGCAAGGUGCAAACUAAUGCUAUCAGAACACCAGCGCAAGUGUGAAGCAAUCAGGUGCCUUCUGAAAAGAACAUAUUUUGUGAUUCUCUUGCUACACAGGUAGCCCAUUUGGAUACUACUAGCGACAUCUUUCCAAUGCUAAAAUAACUGAUAUUAAAACAGUUAGAGAGGAAAUAAGUGAUUUGUGUUGUAAUUUGAGCUCUGGAAUAUUUUCAUGCAACCCUGAGUAUCAGUCUUCAAAUCUUGCUUUAAAAAAAAAAAAAUGCAAAUGUGUUGUUUUGUGUUAUUUUUAGGCUCUCAUGACUCAUUUAGCUUCUACAUUGAUGAAGCCUCACCCGUCGGACCUGAACAACCUGACACCGUCCAGAAUUUUGUCUCUGUGUUUGGAACUGUGGCUAAGAAGCUGAUGAGGAAAUGGUUGGCGACGCAGACGAUGAACUUCACAAGCCAGCUUGGAGCAGGCAUACGGUAUUUUGAUCUUAGAAUCUCCACCAAGCCCAGAGACCCCGACAAUGAACUCUACUUUGCUCACGGUUUGUUCAGUGCCAAAGUCAAUGAGGGCCUCGAGGAGAUCAGUGCCUUUCUUGCUGACCACCACAAGGAAGUGGUCUUUUUGGACUUCAACCAUUUCUACGGGAUGCAAAUGUGCCACCAUGAAAAACUGGUCCAAAUGCUCAAAGACACUUUUGGGAAUAAAAUGUGCCCGGCUAUAUUUGCUCACGAAGUCUGUCUCCAGUAUCUGUGGGAGAAGGAUUAUCAAGUGCUGGUGUUUUAUCACAGUCCAGUGGCUUUGGAGGUUUCCUUCUUGUGGCCAGGGCAGAUGAUGCCAGCUCCGUGGGCCAACACAACAGAUCCUGAAAAACUGAUCCAGUUUCUCCAGGCAUCCAUCAUUGAGAAGAGGAAGAAGGGCUCCUUUUUUAUAUCUCAGGUGGUGCUGACCCCAAAGGCUAGCACUGUGGUCAAAGGCGUCACUAGUGGUCUCAGAGAAACCAUCACAGAAAGGUGAGUGCCUUACAAAUCCAGGUGUGCUUGGAUAUAUGGCCUAGGAUAUACGUACCUACGGGCCGCCUCUCCUGGUACGCCCCACGGAGAACCUUACAGUCUGCAGAUAAUAACACCUUGGAGAUCCCGGUCCUCAGAGAGAUUAGGCUGGCCUCGACCAGGGCCAGGGCCUUUUCGGCCUUGACCCCAGCCUGGUGGAACGCUCUGCCACAAGAGAUUUGACAUCUUUCCACAGGGCCUGCAAGACUGAAUUGUUCCGCCAGGCCUUUCGUCAGGGCUCAGCCUGACUCCCCUUUUCUUUUUGUAUAAGAACUAAUAUGAAAGAGGUCUCCCAGCAUUCUCACAGGCCCAUAUAAGAUCAGUGUAAACAGUUGGGCCGAUGAGCCAUCUAAUUAGACUUUAAUUUGAUUUUAACCUGUUUUUAGGAGAUAAUUUAAUUAUUGUUUGAUUUUAUACCAAUGUUAUAUAUCUGAUGUUAGCCUCCCUGAGCCCAACUUUGGCCGGGGAGGGUGGGAUAUAAAUAAGAUUCUUAUUCUUAUUAUUAUUCUUAUUAUUACAUGGAAGUAAGAGCCUAUUAGAGUUGUCUUCUCAUAUUCAUUUAUGAUGGUCAACAAAUGUUGAAAUAUUACAAAGGAAGCAGAAACAACAAUUGUUACUGUUACUUGUGGACGGGAGCAAUUGGCCAGAAAUCAGAUAAUGACUGUUUCCCUCUUUUUUGGUCCGUAUUUGUAAACAUGCAUGCUUAUUAUCUACAGGUGAUGGGUUUAAGUAUUGAUUAAUGUCCUUUAUGCAGCUUGGGUCUGGGUCUGAAGAUUAGGUGUGACCACCAUGCAGAGAGGAAGGAAUGGGUGAGCCAGAUGUAAAUAUGUAGGGAUAGAUUUGCAUUACACCCAACUUUGUGAUCCUUUCUGAAAUGAGAAAGGGAAGUGGGGACUGAGCAUAAAAAACCAAACCAAACCAAACCAAACCAAACCAAACCAAACCAAACCAAACCAAACCAAACCAAACCAAACCAAACAAAACAAAACACAGUGUUCUCUUGCACCAAGGCAGAGCUAAUCCAUGACAUUUUCUUGCCUGAAGUUGAGAUGGGGAAGAAUACCAAUUUAUUUCCAAAAACAAUUCUUCCCAAUAGUUUUUAUUCCUGUAUUAAGUUGCAAGUCACAAUAAAAUGAUGUGAGCUAAAGGGCGUCCUACUCCAGAAAUUUAUAUUGUUUAUAUUAUAUAUCACGUCAGUAGCUUUCACCCAAAGAAUCCUGGGAAAUGUAGUUUGGUGAGGAUGUUGAAAUUUCUCUGUUAGAGCUCCCUAGCCCUUGACACAGAACUACAAUUCGCAGAGUUCCCCACAGAGAAGGAAUCAUUAUUAAACUGAUUUAUUUUCUAAGUGUAGAUGCAUCUCAAGGGAUGCUUCUUACCACAUGCUUCACUUCUGUCAAAGGGGAUUUAUUUUCAAAACACUUUUCUUGUUUUCUUUUUCUUUGUUUUAGGAGUAAUUAAUUUUUCCCUCGAAACAAUUCACUUCAAGGACUACUUUGAACCUGAUUAUUCAAGUAGUGCAAAACCCAUCUCUGCAUCUUCUGUUGGGAAAAUACCUUGAAAUAUAUUUCCAUUCAUACAAAGGUUGUCGGAGGGAUUAGUUUUUUCUUACCAUGGGGGAUUAGUUUUCUUCUUUGCUCUUUCCCUCUUGAAAUAUUAUUCAAAGAAAAUAGGGCAAUGAUCAAAGUUCAGCUGCCUAGCUUGGGUUGGAAAACAUCUAAGCCUUAGAGGGUUUCAUUGUAUCACUUAAUUGUAUGUUUUCAGUCUGAAAUUUGAUCUUACUGCUAAUGCGUGCAUUACAAAUCCUAAUGAAUAUUUGUGUAAUGGUUAUCUGAAGACCUGGACUUGCUUUGGAGUAACUGAUACUUCAGGUUUUAACUCUCUCCACCCCCACUACCCCUUUCUCCCCCUCCCCCCCAUUCCCCAAAAGCUGUAAAUUUGAGUCCAGUUAAAUACAUUUAAACAUAAAAACAUUGGGACGCGGGUGGCGCUGUGGGUUAAACCACAGAGCCUAGGGCUUGCCGAUCAGAAGGUCGGUGGUUCGAAUCCCCGCGACUGGGUGAGCUCCCAUUGUCCGGUCCCUGCUGCUGCCAACCUAGCAGUUCGAAAGCACGUCAAAGUGCAAGUAGAUAAAUAGGUACCACUCCGGCGGGAAGGUAAAUGGCGUUUCCGUGCGCUGCUCUGGUUCACCAGAAGCGGCUUAGUCAUGCUGGCCACAUGGCCUGGAAGCUGUACGCCGGCUCCCUUGGCCAAUAAAGCGAGAUGAGCGCCGCAACCCCAGAGUCAGCCACGACUGGACCUAAUGGUCAGGGGUCCCUUUACCUUUAAAAACAUAUCUCAACCCUUUCUGUUCACCUAUGGUUUUUUUUUUUUUUUUUUUACAUUUAAAGAAAAAGUGAAAGCUGGCGUGUCCCCUUCUCCCCUGUUCGGUAGAAUGAAUAUAUUCAUGGGUUUAUAUUGCUUUAUGUGUUUAUAAUGAGCACCUUUAUAAAAAAAAAUAUAUCUUUUAAACUAAUAUUGUGUUGCAGAUGGAAAUGACUCUUCUAAGAUGUUGUCUGCUAUGAAACACAGCAUGCACUAUCUAACAAAGGAACGAUAAUAAUAAUAAUAAUAAUAAUAAUAAUAAUAAUAAUUUAUUUAUACAAUGCUUCCCCCCGCCCCCACCUUUUAAAAUAGGGGUGGGGAAUCAGUGGAUUUCAACUCUCAUCGGCCUCAAAUAAUGGAAGUUGUCUUCCAGUCAUAUCUGGAAGCUCCAGGUUCCAUAACCCAUUCUAAAUUACUGUUAAAAGCAUGCAUAAAUUUGUGCAGAUACAAUUAAACAAUGGAUGCAUUGAUUAAAAUGCAUACAAUUAAUCAGCUCCAAUUUCCUUAAUUGGGUGAUCUGUCUCAUAUAUGUUUAUAUGUACCGUAUUUUUUGCUCUAUAAGACUCACUUUUUCCCUCCUAAAAAGUAAGGGGAAAUGUGUGUGCGUCUUAUGGAGCGAAUGCAGGCUGCACAGCUAUCACAGAAGCCAGAACAGCAAGAGAGAUUGCUGCUUUCACUGCGCAGUGAUCCCUCUUGCUGUUCUGGCUUCUGAGAUUCAGAAUAUUUUUUUUCUUGUUUUCCUCCUCCAAAAACUAGGUGCGUCUUGUGGUCUGGUGCGUCUUACAGAGCGAAAAAUACGGUAUGUGUGUGUGUGUGUGUGUGUGUGUGUGUGUGUGUAUGUAUAUGUGUAUUUGUGUGUAUAUAUAUAUAUAUAUAUAUAUAUAUAUAUGUAUAUGUGUAUAUGUGUAUACGUGUAUAUGUAGAGACGCGGGUGCCGCUGUGGGUUAAACCACAGAGCCUAGGGCUUGCUGAUCAGAAGGUCGGCAGUUCAAAUCCCCAUGACGGGGUGAGCUCCCGUUGCUCAGUCCCAGCUCCUGCCAACCUAGCAGUUCGAAAGCACGUCAAAAUGCAAGUAGAUAAAUAGGUACCGCUCUGGCGGGAAGGUAAACGGCGUUUCCGUGCGCUGCUCUGGUUCGCCAGAAGCGGCUUAGUCAUGCUGGCCACAUGACCCAGAAGCUGUAUGCCGGCUACCUCAGCCAAUAAAGCGAGAUGAGCGCCACAACCCCAGAGUCAGCCACGACUGGACCUAAUGGUCAGGGGUCCCUUUACCUUUAUAUGUAUAUGUGUGUGUAUAUAUAUAUAUGUGUGUGUGUGUGUGUGUGUGUGUGUGUGUGUGUGUUUAUAUGUAUGUGUAUAUACGUAUACACACACAAACACACUUUUGAAGAAAGGUACAUAUUCCGACCCUAACCCUCCAAAUGUUAAUUCUUUGGGAGGAGAUGUUCCACUGGAGGCUGGAAAUAUAUGCAGCCAGCCAUAAGGUCUUUGAAGACUGAUGAGUUCACUGAUGUGGCGCAUGAGUGCAUGCCCACAACAAAGCAGCUUGUGCUGAUGCCGUGCAUUGACGCACAAACACCGUCUCACCUGCCACAAAGCUAUUUCUCUAAUGCAGACGGGAAUUACAAGGGCGCAGUUCAUCUGUCCUCCUCAGAAUGAAAAAUGGCUCUGCUCUCCUCCCCAGCCCCCUUCCCUCGGGCAACACAGCAAAUGUACAAUAAGGCAAUGCCGUUGUAAUCCAGAUAAAAGCGAAAGGAGUCUGCAGGCCUCCCCUAAAACACAGUUCAAUAGCAAAUACGUCAUGUCUGCUUCUGGCUGAUAAUGUUCACUGAAGAACUCUGCUGCUUGAUACCAGAGGCAGCUAGUCCCUGGUGUCUAAAAGAAGGUGGGGCAUGUAAUAAUGUCAGGUUCCUCGAAGCUCUUUUCUGAAUUCACAACUCCAACCUGGAUUACUGUUGUAUCCAGUAGCGGUUGGCAUGGUGGGUAAAUGGGAAGACUCGGGUGGGCACUUGCCUGUUAUUUUGUCAUUUUCAGUUUUCUUAAGAAACAUGGAAGGCUCGCGGCAACAUCAGACUUCGCAUGUUCUCCUGUACAGGGUGUACAUGCCAAGCUUCUUUGACUAGCAGGCAGCUUGUGCCAAAUUCAUCAUGAUCCUGCUGUUCUUUCCCCUCCCUUUCCAUCCUGUUCUUUGCCUUUCUUCUCCCUUUUACAAAUUCAACAUUGGCUGGAACCAGAGGCUGGAAUGAUAAACAGCAGUCAGUUGUGUGUUCAGCUUUUCCAUUCUAAAGGGGAUCUGAUGGGGCCAUUAUUGAAAAUAAAAGCUGCUAGUAGUUCUUACGCUCUUGAUUCGUUUGAAUGGAUCCUCCUUAAAUCUAACCUACAAAGUUUCUCUCUCUCUCUCACACACACAAACACCCUAAAACUCCCAGGGGCAAGAUGGAGUUCCAGGUACAUUGAGGCCCUCACUCUGUAAUGUUUCGUAAUCUGAGAUGAGCAUUGGUCAACGCCCCUCCCCUUCCCCAGUCUGGUGGAGCUGUUGAUGAAUGCUGGUUCUGUCAAAAGGAAGCCAUCUGUCAUCUAAUGAAUGAGGGAGCUCUGACCUGCUGCGCAGAACCGAGACCUGGCCAAAUGAGCUGGCCUGGCUUCACCUAUGUACCUCCUAUAGGUACAUAGCUGUGCCUGCCUGGGAAGUCAACACAGCUCCAACCAAGUCAGAAGGGUGAGCCUAGGGGGCUGAACUCAGAAGGAAAACCCCCAUUCUGAAAGGCAUGAAAAAAUCGAAAGCACUUACUUGUUUCCACAGAUUUUCCUGGACAUUACUGGGAUUUCAAAGGUGGAAUUGACGUCCAGGGGUGUGUGGGUGUGUGGGGGGGGGUAGAUUUCCGACAGGUGGCGCUUUCUCCUGGAUCUUAUUUUUUUCAGCAAUUUGGUUUUUUUGGGUUUCUCAGAUUGAAAUUUUGCAAUCACCUACAACACACAACAUACAACACACAACAAGAAAUCUCUUGGACUCCCCCCCUACCCUUUGUGGGUCCCACAGUUAAUCAUUUCCUCCUGCAUCUUUUAUAACAAUCGACAUCUUUAUCUCUCCAUUGUAUUCACCAUUAAACUACAAGUGAUAUUCCAAUCCUACUAACGAUUUUAACUGUUUACAGUCACCUUUAGGAUAAAUUAUAAAUUUCCCCCAUUGCUUUCUACUGGAUCUUAGGCAAGUCAAUCGAAAAAUUGUGUUAAUUUGGCUUUUUUUUUUUUUGUAAACUCAACUUUGGAGAUGUCCUGGUUUUCACUUUUCAGAAUAUGGCAGCCCUACCAUGGGUUUUCCCAGCUCUCAACUUCAGUCUUCAGGACACUGCUCCAAAUGCCUCCCGGAUAUGUUGGAGCCUUCUUACAAGAACAGGCAGAGAUGAUCUCUCUCCAGAGGUAUCUGCUCUCUGGCCCAGAUUUUCUAACUUUUGUAUGCACUGGUUUUUAUCUUCAAAGGUUCUUACAUUUCUUUGUGUUAGCUGCUCCAGGGUACGGCUGUAUUUUUAGAGUUGGCGACGAGGAUUAAGUAAUGAUGGCUCUGACUGAGCCAGUGAGUUAAAGGAACUUAGAGUUGUUCCACUUGGCCACAAAGCCCCCACUAACCUUCUAGGGUUUUGGGUGCUGGGGAUAAAAUGAAGAGAAUUCCACACUAGCUAUCUAUCCUGAGUUGCUUGGAGCAGAGGCAGGAAUUAAAUGUGAAGUAUCAGGAGUCAUCACCAUUGUGGAAGCAGUUGGGAAUAGCUCUAGGUCAGCAGUAGUGUGGCUGGGAGUGCCACUAAGAUUUUGCCUGGCCCAAACCUUGACAAAAAAAAGUGGGGUUUUGAGGAGUAAUUUGCAAGAAUUGAGAGAUGGCAUGGAUUAUGGAGUCAAAAUCUCCAACAGGGAUGGGCGAAUCUUGUGAAUGUUGGUUUCCUUCAUCUUUACACUUUUAUAAAUGUAAGUUCACUUUUCCACAUUUUCACAUCAUUUUGUGAUUUAAAAAACAACAACAGUGCAAUCUAGGUAUGGUCACACAUAUACACCAUACAUUUAAAGUGCUUUAAGCAGUCUCAGCUUCUCCCAAAGGAUUAUGGGAGCUGUGGUUUGUUAAGGGUGUUGAUAAUUGUUAGGAGACCCCUAUACCCCCCCAGCUACAGUUUCCUGAAUGGUUUAGUAAUUAAUUACCAGGGAACUCUGGGAAUUGUGUCUCUUUGAGGGGAGUAGGGGCCUCCUAACAGCUCUCAGCACCCUUAACAAACUACAGUUCCCAGAAUCCUGUGGGGGUAGCCAUGAAAGUUUAACGUGGGGGUCAUAGUGCUUUAUAUGUAUGCUGUGAAUGUUGGCCUAUAUCUACUCAGAAGUCCCAAUGAGUUUUAUGAGCCUUAGCCUCAGCUAACUGUGUUUCAGCUUCACAACCCAAGUCUAUUGCAAGAAAAACAACAGAGAUUCCUGUAGCGCCUGGAAGCAGACUUCGCAAACCUAGUGCCCUCCAGGUUCAAAAUGUUCAAAGCAGGAGAGCUCAUCUGCUAGACCUAUUCCUAAUAAGAGACCACCACUCUGUGCCCUAAUUCCAGACCAUUCAACUCCUUUAACUCAGACUCUCCAAGUGUCCCUAUUUUCCAGGGACCGUCCUGGAUUUACAGAGGUCAUCCCCAUUUCUGAUUAUUUCCUGGAAUGUACCACUUUUUCUUAGGAUGUCCCUAUUGUCAUUGGAGAAAUGUUGGAGGGUAUGUUAACUGGCUUUCCCAGUAGUGAUGUUUUCCCAAUAGUGAUGUAUGGAAGUGAGAGCUGGACCAUAAAGAAGGCUGAUCGCCGAAGAAUUGAUUAUGGUACUGGAGGAGACUCUUGAGGGUUCCAUGGACUGCAAGAAGAUCAAACGUAUCCAUUCUUAAGGAAAUCAGCCCUGAGUGCUCACUGGAAGGACAGAUCGUGAAGCUAAGGCUCCAAUACUUUGGCCACCUCAUGAGAAGAGAAGACUCCCUGGAAAAGACCCUGAUGUUGGGAAAGAUGGAGGGCACAAGGAGAAGGGGACGACAGAGGACGAGAUGGUUGGACAGUGUUCUCGAAGCUACUAACGUGAGUUUGACCAAACUGCGGGAGGCAGUGGAAGACAGGAGGGCUUGGCGUCCUCUGGUCCAUGGGGUCACGAAGAGUCGGACACAACUAAACAACAACAACAUGUUAACUGGCAAACUGCAACUGCUUCUUCCCCAACUUCCUGUCUCUCUGCAGACUCCUCCUGCCUCUUACCUUAACACAUUCCAUCCUCUCAGCAACUCCCCUGUUCCAUCCAGUCUCACACCAGAGCACAGUUCAUGACCACAUACAUCCCACCCACCAUGACAGCAGUCAUUUUGUUAGCAAAUCAAUAAAAAGCAGGCAAGACAGAGACUCACAUUUUGCCUCACUGCAUUUGCCUCUCAGUAGUUCAUGAAAUAUCUCUGGAGCCAGUGAUUCACUUCUCAUUUUCUUCCCUGUGAUAAUUAUUAUAAUACCUCAUUGAGGAUUUGUGAGGCUAAAUUCAUUAAUGUUUGCAAAGCACUUUCCAUGAUUCUUCACGGCUGGAAAAAGAUGCAGACUUCAUUUUGAGCAGUAGGAUAAAACACAGUGAUUUCAUUAUUAUUAUUAUUAUUAUUAUUAUUAUUAUUAUUAUUACAGGCGGUGAUGUUUUUGUUCCUUUAAGAGCCAUUAUUCCGAUUUGAUUGUACUUUCCUUGCAAGGGGAAAAGGCGGGCAAAUUCAGUGUUAGGCCUUGUGCAUUCCCACUUGACUGUCGGAAGUCAGAUUUUAUAGCGAAAGAAAUAAAAGGGGGUCUAGGAGGAGUUUGUAAUGGAGAUAGGAUAACUUUGGGCUUGGGAAGAGACAUUACGCUUGGGCCGAAACAGAUGCACAAACUGCUAUAAUGACGCUUCCCCCAGACUUCAUGAUUUGAGCUGGUAAAAGAAUGACAUAUCCUUCAGCAUUUCUCUGAUGAAAAUGGGGCGUCCUAUCCCAUAAUAAUAAUAAUUUUAUUAUUUAUACCGCGCCCAUCUGACUGGCUUGCCCCAGCCAUUCUGGGCAGCUUCCAACAUAUAUAAAAACAUUAAACAUUUUUAAAAAACUUCUCUAUGCAUGACUGCCUUCAGAUGUCUUCCAAAGGUUGUACAGUGGUACCUCGGGUUUCAUACGCUUCAGGUUACAGACUCUGCUAAUCCAAAAAUAUUACCUCGGGUUAAGAACUUUGCUUCAGGAUGAGAACAGAAAUCAGGCGGCGGCAGCAUGGCGGGAGUGGGAGGCCCCAUUAGCUAAAGUGGUGCUUCAGGUUAUGAACAGUUUCAGGUUAAGAACGGACCUCCAGAACGAAUUAAGUUCUUAACCCGAGGUACCACUGUAUAGUUAUACUUAUCUCCUUGGCUUGGGGUUGCAUAGCUCCAUACCCUCCAAUAUUUCUCUGAAGAAAUUACGGACGUCCUAAGGAAAAUCAGGACAUUCUAGGAUCAAAUCAGAAACCAGGAUGUUAUUUGGUAAAUCCAGGGCCGUUCCUGAAAAACAGGGACACUUGGAGGGUCUGGAAUGAACAAGGAAGACGCGGCUGUAAAGAUGGGUUUACAGUGACCGAAGGAUGGAGCACACAAUGGGCUUUGACCUUUGGGGAGAUUUUAAAAUUGUAGAGCCAUCUAAAUUAGAGUUCUGGUAGCUAAGCAACUGUCAUGUAGAAUAUAUUACUGCUUGAUAAAGUGGCUUUAAGGACUGAAGCAAAACUGAUUGGUGAUGAGCAGUUUGGAGCCUUGGAGAUCUGCCAGGUCCAUCCUUUGUUUACUGAGCUUCAUCAGAGAGGAGUGUUUCGCCUCAAGAGCUUUAAGACAAUUGCAGUAAUGCAUGGUGUGAAGAAUUAAACGCCCAAGACCAACACAAUCUGGAAUCCACCUAUAAAUUCACAACAGCUCCCUAAUGUGGGAUUGCCACAAUGGGUUCCUUAUUUUCAAAGGCUGCCUCUUUUUUGCUAGUUAUACCUUACUUUGGGGGGGGGGGGCAGGAAUCACUGUUGGCGUUAAUUUCAUGGGGGAGCUAUGUUCAUGAUCUCCAUCUGGACACUUUUGAUUGGACUGCCUAUUUGCUACAUUAGAACCUUUUAGAUAUGAUUGCUAAGAGAAUCACUUAUGGUGUCUCAAUCAUGUAUUUUACUUUGUAGCUGCUGUGGCAUAACAAUAAUUAUUUUGCUGUACAAUGUAGGAAUGUGUCCUUCCAGAGAUCACAAAGAUUAAUCUAACCCAGGUCAUUCCCAUUUCUAGCUGUCUUGAAGAAAAGCUGCGCUGAUUAUACUUUUCAGUGUUAUUUUUCAGCUGCAAUGGGGUGCAAGCAUGUAUUAAAUCUAGCCAUUUUUUACUAAGCAUUAUUAUCAGACAUUUCCUCAAGAUGUUUUUAAGGGAGCAGAGAGAUCUAUGCUCUUAUCCAACUUCCCAAGUUUACAAAUGCUAUAGUAUCUAUAAAUGAAAGGUGCAAAAUGGAAGCAGGGCAGCAGAUUGCGUUAGCAGUAUUUUAUAUAUUUAGUCAGGUCAGUUUUGCCAUGAGGAGAAAAUCUGAUUUGUUGAGUUUGUUUCUUUUGUGUGCUAAAUAGUACCAGCUUUCAGCCUGCGAGGCUGGGUUCAUGCAAAAUUGUUGCCAGGUUGAUGGUGACUUUUUACAAGAUAAAAACUUUCUGACUGAUGGGAGUUCAAGUCAGAAACACAUGGAGGGCACCAGGUUGGGGCAAGGGUGUGCUAAAAAGGUGUCCUGCCCAGGGGAACCUAUUUUUCCAAGUAUCUAAGGAUACCAGCAUGUCUAAGCAUAAUUAGAAAAGAGCUGUUUUAAUCCAUUGGCUCUAGCAAAAACAAGCUAGCUAGAUUUUACCCAGUGGCAAUGGCCCAACAAAGAAACUUAAGGUGUCUCAAGGGAUUUCUUCAUUGCUUCAAGACUGGUUCUUACAUUGCAAAGAGCCAGAUUUAUAGCACUGAAGAAAUGCCUUGAGCCACCUUAAGGUUUUUUUGCUGCACCAUUGUCCCUGGGUAAAAUCUAGGCUACCUUGGCUCUCCCUUUCUCCAUUCAUGUCACUUGUCUCAUCAUUUGUCCCCCUGCUGUUUCUUUAUGUAGCUCUUGAUUGCUCAGUGACACGUAUGCCUUGGUCCCUGAGCUAGCUAGUUUCACUUUCCUGGAUUCUCACAUCAGUGCUCCAUUUCACAGCUGCAUGGUUAACCAUGUCACUUUGGCUCCUACUCUUGGUUACACUCGCUGAAUAUUCCACCGGGGAAAUGCAUUCAACAGCGCUGGGAUGUAUCAAUUCAUUACCGACUCCCGCUGCAGAGAAAAUGCUACCUGUUCGAUGUGGUUUUAUUUAAGGAGAUACCGGUAACAUAUGCUGUGUACAGGAAGGGCAGAUCAGGGCUAUUGUAAUUGCCUGGAGUUGAAUUACCUCCAGCCGUGUUCUUGUCAGAUAUCAUAAGCGGAGACAGAGGGUAAGCCUGGUCAGUAUUUUCUUGGGUAAUCUCUAGUGAAUACACAACUGCCACGGGCAUUGGUGCUGGAAAUUCAGCAUCAACAAACAGCCUUUGUGUUGGGGUAUGAGCUGUAAGGAAUCUUGUGUUGCAUAGGUAGGUCACAUACACUUGUGCAAGGAUCAUACACUUGCCUUUAUGUUCCCUUAUAUAUUAGAAAAGUGGGGAAAUGUGCAAUCAAGGUGCUGUUACAAAAGCUGGGUGUCAUACCUGCAAGAUUCUAGGGGGGUCCAGGCACUUGCCCAGGGUCUGUGUUCCUUUGGAGAACCAAGACUUCAGAGACCGUUGUAUCUUUAAGAAAUAUGGUAUAUUCACCUAUUUAGACCUUCAGUCUCCAUGGAGGGAGUCCAGGUCUUACUAAAUGGUCAUUUCAAGAGGAGCUUGUCCCCCACAGCAGUGCAGCUAUGGAGCCCAAGGCAUCUCUCCUAGCUAGCCUUCAGCCAGCCUGCCCAAGAUGGAUCCCAGUCUUUCUUCUUCCUCCUCCUUCACAGAACACCCUGCUAAAAACUCUCUUUUCCUGUCACCUUGCACCCAGUUAUCCUUGCAACCUUCCAGACUCCAGUCUCUGUUCACACCUCAGGGCACUGGGGAAAGGACAGUUCCCUUGCAUUGUCAGUGGCUCUCAAUGGCCCUCGCUUGGCCAGGUCAUUUUGCAUAAGCUGACUUAGGGAUUCAUCCGCAGCUUGUAUUUCUCCCUUCGCAUCCCAAAUAAUCAAAAUCCUACCAUUUAUUAAUUUCUAGGGUUGGUGGGGGGGGUCCCCCCCUAAUCUAUAACAUACCUUUAAAGUUGGAGUGGGCAAAUUUGAUGAACAUUUCCUCAUGAUUGGCAAGGAAAAAUGGGGGCAUGGAGGGCUAGGAGACAAAUUCAAUUCAGUCCACAUUUAAAUUAUUAAUUAAUUAAGGUCAUAUUCCGCUCUUCAUCAGAAGAUCACAGGGUGGUUUACAGCAUAAAAAUAGAAAAUGAAAACACAAGAUACAUAUAAUAAGAACAACAACAACAAAAACCCAACAAUAACCCCCCUCCCGCAAACACAUUUAAAAGGCCAUAGCAUGUUCAAUCAGCGAAAUGCCUGGUUGUAGAGGAAGGUUUCUGUCUGGUGCCUAAAGAUAUGUAGUCAAGGCGCCAGGCAAGCCUCCCUGUGGAGAGCAUUCCACAAACAGAGCAGGAAAGUUGUUGUUCUCAUGUUGUCAACCUCUGGACCAGGGGUCAGCAACCUAAGGCCCAUGGGCCACAAGCGGCCCAUGGGGGUCAUUUAACCUGCCCAUGGACCCCACCGCCUGCUCAGUCAGCUCCCAUGUGCCGUGCUAAACCGGCACAGAGCAGAGUGGGGACCGCCUUCUGCGACACUGGCCGGCUUCCCAUUGGCUGCAGGAAGCUCCUGCAGCCAAUGGGAAGCUGCGCACGCCUCCUCCGCACUGGAAGGAGGACCGGAAAUAGUGUUUGCGCAUGCACACUCCGGCCCACCGCAGCGUCUGCAGGACCAUGAACCGGCCCAAGCCACAAAAACUUUGCCAACUCCUGCUCUGGACCGUUUGUGGAGGGGGCGCUGAAGAAGGGCCUCAGAUCAUGAGUCCAGGUUGGUUUAAAGGCAAAUCUUCAUAACCCCCCAUUAUACCACUGGCUUGCCUUUUCCCUAAACUAAAAAGUCCCAGAUGCUGCAACCUUUAUGUGGGGCUUAGAGGAAAAAUAAAUGCCACCUUCAUUAAAUCAUCCUCUGAAUAUUCCCUGAAUAUGAAUAGCGUAUAAUGCUUGUUGCAACCUCUUACAAUGGAUGAAUUAUCUAUCAGCAAGGCAGUUAAAUAACUUUUUUAAUAAGUCUAGGUAGCAGUGUCAAAUGACCUCCGUCCCGAGGCCCACGGUGCUUGCUGGCUCUUGUCUGCAUCUACCGAACCACAUCAGCCCAAUAAAUUGACAGAAAUUACCGUAAUUGCUCCACAUGGAAUUCUAGGACUUGCUGGCCUUGAAUAUAGUCAGCCAGCAAGGAGGCUUUUGAUGCGAUCUCUCUACUAUAGCAGAGGCCAGUUCAAAGGAUCCAAUUAAAAGAGGGGCUGAGACUCCAUAUGGGAGAGGAAGGCGAAUUCCUCAGCCGGCAAAUAUAAAUGGUGGGAAGGGUAUCUGUAGCAGGAGUGCAGGGUUUUUCACAACGGCAUGCAAAUGCAAUGUCGCCUCCAACGCCUCUCCCUCACGCCUGUGGGAGUUUGAACAGAGGGUUUAUCUUGUCACCAAAGAAGGUCGAUGGGAAUAGACACCACAGUCAGGCCCUCUGUGGUCUCCCGUGAGACUGGCUGACUGUAACAGAAGGUAUGCCUUGGCAGCCCAUCUGUCUGGGAAACACAACAGACCUCGAUGACUAGGCAGCUAGCCAUCCUUCGUUAAACCUUUGGUAUGUUUUGAAGCUUCCUGCAAAAGCCAACCAUUUCCCUCGUGCGUAACUAGACGUCCUCCUGGCCUGGACCCUUCCAGCGGCACUACCGCUCGUCUAAAUGUUCAGCUGUCGUUAAAAUUAACAACAUUAAUAAUACGACUCUUCUUUAGUCAUGGAGAAAUGAGAACACAGGCCAGUUACUGUAAGACAGGGGCAGGGAACACUUUCCUGCUUGGGGGCUGCAAAAUUGUGGGCACAAGCCAGGGGUAGGUGGGGCAGGAGCUAAAAGUGGAUGUGGUUUCAACCCACACAUACAUCUUCAUCCUGCAUCCAAGCAGCAGGAGCCGUGAUCACAGGUCAAAGGCACAUUCCAGCCUGUAAAAAGCUCUUCAGGGGGGUCUGGAGCAGAGUCGGUGAUAGGUGCGUCCUGAGAAGGGGUGUGGUCUGGGGAGGGCAUGGCCUAGAGAGAAUCCUGAGGGACAUUUUGGUCCCUGGGCCUGAAGUUCAUCAGCCCUGCUCUAAGAACUGCUUUGGUCGCGCUGUGUGAUGAAAUCUGUUGGGGAGAGACAAGGGAAAUGUGUCCCUGUGUGGAGCCAGUGGGGUAUAGUGGUUAAGAGCGGUGGACUCGUAAUCUGGUGAACUGGGUUCGAUUCCCCGCUCCUCCACAUUCAGCUGCUGGGUGACCUUGGGCCAGUCACACUUCUCUGAAGUCUCUCAGCCUCACUCACCUCACAGAGUGUUGUGGGGGAGGAAGGGAAAGGAGAUAAUAAUAAUAAUAAUAAUUUAUUACGGCCGUAGGCCCAUACAGAUAAAAACAAGACAUAAAUAACAGCCUGUGCACAUGGGAAAAAAACAGCCGCUAAAACACUACUAUAACAAUAAGCUACUAUAAGAUGGAAUGGCAUACUACGCCUUAAUUAGCUUGUGGUGCUCCUUGGCGACGCUUUUGGGUAAGGACAGCGACCAGGAACCUAGCCACUUUCAGGGUCGUAUGGGCAUCCUUAUCCUGCAAGAUUUGGGCAAGGUGGAAUUUUGGUGGAGUACCCUCUAAUUUCUGUAUGAUUGAUCCCAACAAGUUUGCCCGUGGCACCUUAAAUAAGGGGCAAGUGAACAUAAUGUGCUGAAGCGACUCCGGCAUCUCCUUAUCACAUUCGCACAUGGCGGAGGUUUGGCCCUUUGAGAAUCUAUGUCUCAGGACAUUGGAGGGAAAAACAUUAAACCUCGCUUUGGUGAAGGCCAGCCUAUGGGCAACAGUCGAAAGGGAGGAGAGGUAAGGAAGGGAAAGGAGAAUGUUAGCUGCUUUGAGACUCCUUCGGGUAGUGAUAAAGCGGGAUAUCAAAUCCAAACUCCUCCUCCUCCUCCUCUUCUGUUAAUUCUCCUCAACCUCUCAGUGGCUUUUGAUACAGUGGUACCUCGGGUUAAGUACUUAAUUUGUUCCCGAGGUCCGUUCUUAACCUGAAACUGUUCUUAACCUGAAGCACCACUUUAGCUAAUGGGGCCUCCUGCUGCUGCCGUGCUGCUGGAGCACGAUUUCUGUUCUUAUCCUGAAGCAAAGUUCUUAACCUGAAGCACUAUUUCUGGGUUGGCGGAGUGUGUAACCUGAAGCGUAUGUAACCUGAAGCAUAUGUAACCCGAGGUACCACUGUACCAUCGACCAUGGCAUCCUUCUUGAGCGGGUGUCCGAGUUAGAGGUGGGUGGCUUUGAGGUGGUUGCUGUCCUGCCUGGAUGGUCCAGGGAGUGUUGCUUGGGGAGUGUUCUUCAGCCCUGUGGAGCCUUCAAUUUGGGGUUCCUCGGGGUUUGAUUUUAUCCCCUAUGCUGUCUGACAUCUGCAUGAAAUGACUGGGUGGGUUUAUCCAAAGUUUUGGAGUACACUGUCGGCAAUUUGCUGAUGACCCACAGCUCUGCUUCCCCUUUACAUCUGUGGGUGAGGCAGUGGAUGUGCUGGACUGCCUCAGUAAUGGACUGGAUGAGAGCCAACAAAGACUUGGGCACUGUUAAUGGGUGGUUCCCUAGACCAGAUGGUUGGGAGGCUGCCUGAUCUUGAUGGGAUUACACUCCCUCUGGAGGAGCGGGUACAUAGUUUGGGGGUACUUCUGGGUCUGCUGCUUUUGGAAAAGCCCCCACUCCAUUACAAAGCAGGACUUUGGAAAGUAAUGUGCAAGUAGCUUCUUGGUGACAUGGAUGAUGAUGUUGGACUUCACCACCCAUCAGCCUGAAAUAUACUCGGAGUCCUGUAGUGAUUUAUUUCUUUAUUGCAGCUUGUAAAACAGUGAUUGAAUUGCCGCCCAAACCUCAGGCUUUUAUAUACAUUAUUUACACAAUGAGUCCCGUUUGAUUGGCUGAUUCUGCUUCCCUCCUGGAUUGGUCUUUUCCUGCAGAUAAGUCAGUUAUUGCAUUCUACGAUCCUAUCAGCCUAAUAGGCUGAUUAACUUUCUCCUGGAGCCUAAUUGGUCUUUUCCUGCAAGCCAAUCAGUUGUUGCAUUCUAGGAUCCUACUUGCCUAUUGUUCUAGGAUCCAAGCUUAGUACAUAACACAGCCCCAUGCAGCAUGGCCCAAAUCAGGGAUUAUGGAAAUUGUAGUCCAACAAAUUCUUGAAUGCCACAGGUUCCCUGUCCCUGACAUAGAUUCUUUCCUGAUCUCAGGGCAUCAGCCAUGGAAGUUCUUCAUUCUUAUAGGCAUCAGGCUCAUUGGAAACAAGUGGAAGUAACUUUUACAAAUUUAUGAAUUCAGCUUUUCUAAAUUGCCGUUCGGCAGCCGUGGAAUUCAUUCUGCUGAAAUGCUUAUCUAUAAUUCAGCACUCUCCAAUUGCUGGAUAAAAUUUGGAAGCAUAUUCAAUCAGAUGGCACAGUUUAACAUUUUGAGGCUGGAUGAAUAUUUUAAUAUGAUUGAUCACUACCCGGUAGUUUCUUGGCAACAACCAUGAGCUGAUUACUUCCCCCAUUCCUCGCCCCCAUGUGAUCAGUUCCUUUUAAUAAGGAACUACCACCGACUUGGAGGACUUGUGUUUCUUGGUGGGAUACAACAAACAAGCUCAGCCAGUGGAAACCUGUGCAAGCACUUCCACUAACACAAUGCCCCCUGUCUCUCUUCCCUCCAUGCCCCCUGCAUCUCUCAAAUAGGCUUCGGGAGGGGGGCAGACGAUCCCCUGAGCAGUAUGCAGGAGGAAGAAAGGUCAGGUCAUUCCACCAGCCAAGCAGAAGUGCUUCCAGUGAUAGAGCAGUCUGCUAGCACUAUGCUGAAUUCCUCUCUCUGGUUGCAAAGACCAGGCUGAGAGAUAAGCAAACAGCAUAAUAUAGUAGUAGCCCCCCAGAUAUUGUUGGACUACAGCUCCCAUCAUGCCUGACCAUUGGCCAUGCUGGAUGGGAGUCGUAACCCAAGAACAUCCCAGGCUUCUUCAGUGGCCUGCCUCCUCUCUGCUUCUCUGCCCCACCUCAAUUCAGCUUCUGAUUCUGCCUCUGAUUCUGGACUGCUCUCCCAGCCUCUUCCUGCUCACUAGACCCUGUUGCAUCUUCGGCUUCUGACUCCUUCUCCUCCCAGUCUGCUCCCUCUUCUCCCUCAUCACCGUCCCACCACCAGUUCCCUGGCUCUGAGACUUCUUCCCUUAGGGGUUCCCCUGCUGGUGCCUCCCACCACUCCUUAGCAUCCAGCCAGUCCAUGACACUGGGUCACCCAAUCCAGGCCAAGGCCACAGUGUAAGGGGACAGGAGACGUAACACUUGGCCUGCCCUGGCACCGAUCUGAAUCUCCACUGGUAGCUGUUACUUACUAGGGCUAUGUACUGGAUAUGGCUGGUUCUCAGAUUCUGAACUGGAGUGGGCUGAUUUGGGGCAACCCAGGAUUCAUCCAGAUUGGGUUGAGGCAGUCCAAGAUUGGCCUAGGCCACGUAAGGUUCGCCUGGAGUGAUUGGGGAAUGUCAAAAGAGCUGGGGGUGAUUGUGAUGAGGAGAGGAAGAAGGAGAUUUGCAGGCAACCGGUGUGUUUCUUUUCUCUCCCUGCAACUGCAUGUUUCACCGUGUUUAAGUAGUCCAGGGGGGAGAAGAAAACAUUUGUCUCCUUCUCCCCAUCCCUCUACCACAUGACUGCCCAAGGCCCCCAAAUUGGGUUGAGACUCAGAUCUGCAUACUCUAAGCUCCAGAUAGUCUUGGGUCAGAUCAGGGCCAUUCUGUAGCAUUGGAACUGUUAUUUAUUCCGAGAAGAAAACUGGUACUGGCGCUUGGGGUGGGUGGGUAUUUUGAUGCAAACUUGAGGAAUCAUUAGGAACAUUACAGGGAUGAUGAAGAAGAAGAGUUUGGAUUUGAUAUCCCGCCUUUCACUCCCCUUCAGGAGUCUCAAAGCGGCUAACAAUCUCCUUUCCUUCCUCCCCCACAACAAACACUCUGUGAGGUGAGUGAGGCUGAAAGACUUCAGAGAAGUGUGACUAGCCCAAGGUCACCCAGCAGUUGCAGGUGGAGGAGCGGGGAAGCGAACCCGGUUCCCCAGAUUACGAGUCCACCGCUCUGAACCACUACACCACACUGUGAUGGAUCUUUCUCUGACUCUUCAAAGACCUUGGCUACCUGCAGGUUUUUGUAUUGGGAAAGAGAAACACAUUGGGCCAGACACAUAAUCCACUUUCUCUCCCCCUCUCCCCCUCUUUUUUAACAGCUAACCAGAAGGUGUUUAUUGCUAAUGUCAGGGUGUAUAAUGUAGCUGUUUUAUGUUUCUAAGAGCAUUCAGCCAUGUGGGUAUCUGCCAUGCCACAUGGGCUGUGCUUUCGCUGAAUAAACUGCUUAAUGAGGCCAAUUACAGGGAUGGAGGCACUGGGAAUUACAAGGAAUGGUAAACAAGACAAGGGACAAGGGACAAAUUUGAUUUUGUUUGAAUUCUAAUAAGGAACCACCUAAUUCUCACUUCUCAAGCCAAUAUGUGAACCAAAACAAUUCUAUCUUUUGAAAUUCGUCCUUCUCCAAAUUUUGCGAUGCAGUUCUCCAGCCAAACAAAAAUGUACAUAUUAGGGGAAAGUGUGCAUAACAUGCACAUAUUAGUGAAAAUGACUUUUAAAACGCAUAAUAGUGAAAAAUGAUAGCAAUCAUGUGUAUAGUAAUCAAAAUUGCAUACAAAAUGUAGUUUAUUGGCAGAAAUUUGCACUAAAAUGUUAACACAUUUAUAUGAGGUGUUUGGUUUCUUUUUUUUUUUUUAAUUGCUGCAGGAAUGUGAAGAAUUGAAUUUAUGUUUGAGAAACUGAGAAACCCAAACUAAUGGAUCUAUACAUCCUUAAACAAAUUUGUCCAUCCUUAAACAAGACACACCACCUCCAGCCCAGGGAAAACACCGACUUGGUUUUUUUCUUCUCGUUGCCAUGUACAUAUGGAAUAUUUUCAUUAAAAUGGUUCAGAUUUUGGUUGUGAUUUGAAUUUUAAGAUUAUCUGUGGAAGGAAAAAUAUACUUUCCUACCUGUGAACUUCUCCUCUUGAGGAGAAUUAAAUGAAGUAGACUUUUGUUAAGUUGGAUUCUCUGCUGCAAGUUUUCCAAUUGUAUUUGCUACCUCCAUUUUUAUUUAUUUUUGAGACUUGGCCCAUCAGGGUGGGGAACCGUUGGCCUUCCUGAUGUUUCUGAACUUCAGUCAGAACAUCAAAACCCAGACAGCAUCCAAAAUGAAACAGAAAACAAAAAAGAACAUUUCUCAAGAUGCUGAGAAUAAAAUCCUUUCUCUCUCUCUCUCUCUCCUCCGCCUGGCAUCUUGAGGUAUGUUGAUGGGAGUUGGAGCCCAACAACAUUGACAGAAGUUGUCACCAUGUCUAAAACCAUGGGAAGCCAAUGCUGGUCAUUGUAGAUAACACUUAACUAGAUGGGCUGAUGGUUUGACUCAAUGUAAGGCGCCUUCUUUUGUCCCUGCACAUUUGAUGCUUUCAACGGUGGGUAAUUUUUUCUCUUCUUCCUCCCCAGAGCUCUCCCCGCCAUGAUGCAGUGGGUCCAGACUCAGACACCGGGCGAAAGUGGUGUCAACAUUGUCACUGCGGACUUUGUAGAACUUGGCGAUUUUAUCAGCACGAUCAUAAAACUGAACUACAUCUUGGCUGAAGGCGAAGCUGAUACGACUUGAUAGUACCGUAAUGUGUCCGACAUGCUCUAAAGUGGAACUUAUCUCUCUUAGUUGUGUUAGGUUGUAAUCUUGUGGCACAGAUUUUGCAAGCACAUGCUGAAUAUUAUUCUUUUCUUUUGGACAUGCUGAGGACUUAGAAAGGAUGAGGGGGGGAGAGAAAGAAAAUGGGUUGCUGUUUUUCUACUUGGUCUGAUCAUUUCUUGACAUUGAUUAGCUUGUGUCUCAUGAAACCCAACCAGGUUUCAUUUACACAGUUACCUUAUUCAAGAAAGCCAUUCAUAAAUAUUUCUCCAACAACCACAUGUGGUUUUGGCCACAUUGAGGAUCAUUCGCUAUGCUUAACUUGUAACUGGCGUUCAUGAAUUGCCCUUUGUCCGUGCAGUAGAUUCUCAUUGUCUUUAGUAAUUCUGCUGCUGAACAAGAACAUUGUAUAGUCUUAUCCAGGUGCUCCAUAUAUAUAUAUAAAUGUUUCAGAAAUUGGUGGCAUCAGGUUUGUUGAACUCAGGUGGGAGGGAAGGAUAUGGCAUCGUAAAGAAAAGACCAGUCAAAAGUUAACAGUUGCAGUUACAAUGCCUAAUAACUUGCAGAUUUCCUGAAAUUUUUAAACAUUUCAAAUAUAUGUUGCUAUUGCUUUUAAAAGAAGUUCCCCAUUGUGAGUCUAAUUCUGUCUUCUCCUGUGAGGGGCAGAAGGCCUGUCAUAGACUUAUGCACAGAGUUUCAUUAUGCAGUUUUAGAGGGUGACUCUACAUUACCAUUUGGAACCAUGGCUUCCUGAGAAGUCAAUUAAAAAAAAUCAUUAUAUUGAUUUGUCACUUUAGUUAGUUAGUUAUAAAAAGCAUUAACCGCCUUUGGGGAGUAGGAAUGCAAUGGAGCAUCCAGGGAAAGGGCAUGACUGGAAUCUUGAAUGGAAGCACUCCAUGCUGCAGCGUUCUGUUGCAAGCCCCAUUUGUUAAGCUAAAAUAAGCUUUUCUUGUCUGAAUCAAUGAUGAAAAGCUAUUCCUUCUAAAGCAGGAGUUUCCAAAAUGUGGUCCAUGAGCUUCAUUCAGGUAGUGUGCAGCAUGUCUGUGGAUUUGUGUUUCAAGAUGGGAGAAGGCACACCUAUCCCAUUAAAUAAUGGUACUGAAUUUUAAUUGUGUUUUUGUUGCUUCUUUUAUUCCUUAUAUUGGAUUUUAUUGUACUACAGUUUGCAUUCUAUGGAAUUCAAAUUAUAGCACUGUAAGCUGCAAUAUAGAAGAAACAAAAGAAGUAAUUAAAAAAUACAAUUAAAAGCUACAACAAGUAGCACCACACAUUACAGUUGCUACAACAGGCAGAAAAAACAAUAAGUGGUCCGCGAGGAGGGAGAGAACCACUGUUCUAGAGAAAGUUACAAAGGAAGACUGCCCCAUGUUGUUCUUAAAGGAAUAUCCAAAAUGUUUAUAUACUUGACCAUGUGAGGAAGUACCUCACACAUAAACAUAUCCUAGAAUUCAGAGAUAUAGUUGGAAGAUAUGCAAUCCUCCCCCCUCAGGCAUUUUCCCUCAUAGUACUCACAGGUAUGAAGUACCAGUACUUCUUUUGUGGCCCAUGGCAGCCAAUUUGGGCUGGCACCUAUGGUACUUUUAUCAAUAUAUACCAGCACCUCUUUUUUUAACCCCCCAAAAGAGAGAGCACAUGAUAAGUACCUCAUAACAUCAUAAGACCUCAUAACAGAACAUGAAGAAGAGGUCUGAUAAUUUAUUUGAAUUUUCAGAGAAAUCUGAGAAACAGCCUAGCUUAGUUGAUCUACCAGCUGUUGCCCUGUCACGGGUCUUCUCAGUCUGUGGACACCAUACGUAAAUUCAGAUCUUUCACAAUCUUAGCCCCACUUCAACUAUCUCUACUUUUUCACCUCUGGAUCCCACAUUACUCUAUAAUCUCAUCCCUUUUCCUCUUUUAACUCUCCCCUCCCUUGCUUCACUAUGACUGGAAAACCUUCAAGUCACUUCGAUUGUCCCACUCAGUGGUGAAAUGUUCGCUGUAAUUCUAGACUCUCAGCUUAGUGGUUUUACAGGGAAGUUGUUUAGUGGGGUAAGACAUAUUAUUCCACUUAUUUCAAAAUGUCAGCUGGGGAUCCUACUGCUCAUUCUGCUGAAGGGGACCCUAGAUUUCUGCUCCAAAGUCCAGCCUUAACUGCACCUCCAUUUCUGCUAGGACAACAGUAAUGGGUGUGCAAUAUUCCCACAUUCAGCAAAUUGUGCUCCAGGGUAGCAAGAUUCCAAGUUUCUUCCCUCCCUGAGGCUCCUUCUUUUAGUAAUAUCCCCAGAUCUUGCUUCUAUUCCCACCUGUCCAAACUCAUUUGUGUGAUGGAUUAUUGGGUCAGUGGCAAAGCACAGGUUUUGCAUGCACAAGGUUCCAAUUUUGGUCUCUGGCAUCUCUGGCAAAAGCAGGCAUGACCACAGGCUAUGCUUCUUGGCACUGACAGGAGUCAGAGUCCAACAACAUCUGCAGGGUCACAGGUUGCCCCAGUCCCAAGUUACGGGGAUCAGAAGGGUUGGUAGAAAUCUUUGCCUCAAACUCUGCAGAGCCUCUGUCGGUCCCAUUACUGGGAAAGACAGUCCAAUGGUGUGACAGUAGAGAGUAUCCUAGUCCAUAUAUGAAUGGAUAGUUGCCCAGGUUUCCCCUGUGCUCAUGCACUCAAGCAAAUAUCAGUUGUGGAGCUGGUGGGAAAGCUGCCAAAGGGGAGUUUCCCCAAGUCCACCAUGACUAGUCUUUUGAGGAACCCCUGAUAAACUUCCAAGGAAUCCCAUGGUUCCCCAAAUCAUAGUCUGAGAAAACCUUGGCCUUAGAUGAAUGAUGACAAGAAAGACUAGACACUGAACAUCUAUGGGCUAAUACUGUCAAAUGUUCAAAGAUGGCUAAUCAUCCAACAUUGUCUGCUGAGUGGAGCGUAUGAAACAUCUCACCAACAUCUGACACCAAUUUUUCAUGGGAAGAAGUGAUGGGGGGGGGGGGAUCAGUUGUUGUUAUUUAAAAAAAACUAUUGGGAACAAACUUUCCAGAAGCAAGAAUUAUUCUGAUCCAACACAGGAGCAUAAGGAGCCUUCCGUAACAGUUGCUGACGCAGAUAUGCUACCAAACGUACAACUGGAUGGAUUUCUCCAUCCACAUUGUCAUGCAUAUCCAACAUCUACGUUGAGACAUCAUUGGAUGCGAAUUAGGAAUCUGCACCCAGAAUUAUCAGGUGUUGAGUAUAGCUAAAGCCAGGGAUGUUUUUCAGCUGGAACUUGUCAGAAUUCAGUUCCAGCACCUCUCAGGUUGGCGCCAUUGCCAUUGUAAGAGAACAAGGGAGGCUUCAUGGUGAGUUCUAGCACCUCUUUUUCUAGAAAAGAGCACUGGCUAAAGCCAAUAUGUUUAGGGAUGGGUAUCUCUCUGUGUGGUUGUGGUUGUUUGGCCGAAUCCCGUAUUUCCAUUUUAACACCCAUUCAAAUCCAGUGUGAUUUUUUUUUUUUUUUUACUGGUUCAGUGGAAUGUUAAUAAAUAUUCCCUUCUGGUGUUGUAGGACAACAAAACACAGCUGCCUAUUGUGCACCCGAGAAGAGGGCUUGGGGAACCUUUGGCCCUCCAGAUGUUGCCAGACUCUGGCUCCCAUCAGCCCCAGACAUCCCAUCAACCCAACGUCAGGGCUGACUGACUCCUGACAACAUCAAGAGGACCACAGGUUCUCCAUUUCUGCCUUAGGCUGUACACACAUUACCAGCUGCCAGUCGUUCUUUUUCUCAAUGUAGAUUGAAGCUGGUUUGGGGGAGAUUGCCUCAAAACACAGUAUGUUGUUAGAAAUGACAAGGUAGAUAAAGAUCAUGUGUAUACCGCUUCCCCAACCAGCAGUGGGAGCAGACUGAGUGCAGAGUAAAAGCAGGAGUGUGUACACAGCCUUAGAGCAAGCAAUUCUGAAGAUGGAUUGUCAGUCUGCUUUACAGAACAGCUUCAGUGUACUUUAUUUCAAAUAGGACACCUGGAGGGACAAGCCCAGCUGCCUGAACGCUGUCCUUUGUGUGGACCGUAAGAGCUCAGCCAAUAACUAGUCUAGCUUCUUUUACAGUGAAGCAAAAGCUAAUUGUGUAUUAUACAAUAUGUGUGGCAUAACUCUGCAGUAGCUUCUGUGUUUACAUUGUUCUGAACUGUUCCCGUUUACCUGCCGACAAAAAAAGAAAGAAAGAUCAAAUGCGCUGUAUACUCUGUAAAAUGUAUUGAUUACCAAUUUGUUAAGAGUUCAGUGAUUCCUUCUUCCCCCAGCUCAUAAUUUUGAAAUUGUGCCAGUGUUCCUGUAAGUUUUCAUGUUUGUGUUUGUGUGUAUGUAUGUGUUCAGGGGUGUGGGGUGUGUACUACGUUGUACAAUAUAUGAGAAUUAGCAACUUCAGCCUCAAUGGAAAGGGUAGUUGUGUUAUCUUCCUUAACGCUACAAAUGUUCCAGCUUGUGAAAUCUUGAAGUUUCAUGUGUGCUUGAGGAUUAAUGUAUUUGGGCUGAGAUCCAGAGAGCUCUUUAACAGAAAGACUUCUUUAAAAACCACCGAGUGCAUGGAUCUCUUGAAGCUCCCUAGAUCUCACUCCUAGGGUUCGGUUGCUUUCCUUCUUAGUACGCAAGUUUUAAUUGUAAAGAUUUAAGAAAAAUGAAUGUUUGCUUUUUUUAAAAAAAAAUCAAAACAAUGUCAAAUAUACAACCACAAAUCUUACAAUGGAAUGAAUUUGCAAGGAUUGAUUUGCAGGUUUCAUGAUAAUUAAAUUUGAAAUUCAGCAU